CCACCCGCUCUCUCGGCUCGCACUAUCCGCUAACUAUUCGCAAUCGACCGACGUCUUGGUUGUUGGACUUGGGUUAUAAUGACUUAACUUCUGCUAAAUGAACCCGUGCACUAGUAUAAGUUUCUCGCAGUGGCGUUAUUUUGUUUCGGGCGAGCGCCUCUACAGGACUAGUAUUGAGUGAGAGUUUUUUCGUGCGUAGUGCUGCGACAGCGGCAGGAUGGAGAAGCAGUCGAGGUGGUCGGAGCAGCGCUCGGAGCAGCGCGUGCAGACGCAGCAGCAGCAGCACUCGGAGCGACGCGAGGUCAUGCAGCAGCAGCAGGUGGUGCAGCAGCAGCAGCGAGUGCAGCGCACCGAGCACCACUACACACAGAUCUCCCAAGUUGGGGGCGCCGGUGGAGAUCGUUUACCUAUCACCGCUGGCAGGCCUGGUGACCCAUCUCCACCCAUAUUCGAACAAAUAUUUAAAAAUGCGAGAUUCGCCCAAGGAGGCAAUGCGAAAUUCGAGGGUAAGCUAAGAGGCAAUCCCACACCCGUGGUUUCUUGGACCAGAAAGAAGGCACCGCUAGUAGAAUGUAAUAAAUAUAGUAUGAGUUAUAACGAACAGACCGGCGACGUGUCGCUUCUCAUCAAGCAAAUCGGCCCCGGUGAUGAAGGUGAAUACACGUGUACGGCGCGCAACCAGUACGGCGAAGCUAUCUGCUCAGUGUACAUACAACCCGAGGGUGUUCCCGUGCCCGCGCACCAGGCAUCCCAGCAGCAGAGCUAUAGACAUGUCAGCGAAAGCGUCGAACACAAGUCCUACGGAACACAGGAGUUCUCCGACAAAUCUAAACAGUCACAAAAAUAUGUCUACACGAACGGAUCCGAGGUUUCCACUGAAGAUUUCAAGGUAGACACGUUCGAAUAUAGAUUGCUCCGAGAGGUGUCGUUCAGAGAAACGAUCACGAAGAGAUAUGUUGGAGAGACUGAUGUACAUAUAAACACUGAAAUAGAUAAAUCACUGGGACCAAUAUCACCGCCGAAAAUAUCACAGAAACCUAGAAACUCAAAACUUCAGGAGGGCACCGAUGCCCAGUUUCAAGUUCAGCUGUCUGGAAAUCCAAGACCGCGGGUCACUUGGUUCAAAAACGGCCAAAGGAUAGUUAAUUCGAACAAACACAACAUCAUCACUACAAAUAAUCAAACUAUCCUAAGAAUAAGAAAUACACAAAAAUCGGAUUCUGCUCACUACACUCUACUGGCAGAAAAUCCUAAUGGCUGUAUCGUUACCUCGGCAUAUCUCGCUGUGGAAUCUCCUCACGAGACGUAUGUUCAAGAACAGAAAUCACAGCAUAUCCUAGAAUCUCAACAAAUAGAGACUGAAAAAGUAGAAAUAAGUGAAAAAGCUCUUGCCCCACAAUUCGUAAAAGUCUGCCAAGACCGUGAUGUUACAGAAGGUAAAAUGACGCGAUUCGAUUGCCGCGUCACCGGCAGACCUUACCCCGAAGUCACGUGGUUCAUUAAUGAUAGACAAAUACGAGACGAUUAUAAUCAUAAAAUUUUAGUUAACGAAUCAGGUAAUCAUGCUCUUAUGAUUACAAACGUCGAUAGACGUGAUAGUGGUGUAGUUACUUGCAUUGCACGAAACAAGAGUGGUGAAACAUCUUUCCAAUGCAGAUUGAAUGUGAUAGAGAAGGAGCAAGUCGUCGCUCCAAAGUUUGUCGAACGUUUUAGUACGAUAAGUGUAAGAGAGGGUGAACCGGUAGUGUUGAACGCACGAGCGGUCGGUACCCCUACACCACGUAUCACAUGGCAGAAGGACGGCGUUCCGAUUAUACCCAAUCCAGAACUACGAAUUAGUUCCGAUGGUGGGGCCUCGACAUUAGAUAUACCGAGAGCCAAGGCGUCGGAUGCGGCAUGGUACCAGUGUACAGCACAGAAUGUCGCAGGCUCCACCGCAACUCGGGCAAGGCUCUAUGUGGAAGUUCCCAAAGAGCCUCCGCCCGAGCAGAAGCGUCUGCACUUACCUCGGCCAACUAAAAUUAUCGAGCCAGAGCCUGCCCCUGGUCCGGAAAUUAUUUAUUUAAGGCACGUGGAAAGAGCACGACCGUAUAUUCCUCCGGGUGAGGAAGACCGUGUCUAUCCUCCACCACAGUUUAUUGUGCCACUCAAAAGUGUUACACAGAUGGAGGGUGGCAAAAUUCACUUUGAAACGAGGAUAGAGCCGGUUGGCGACCCAUCGAUGAGAAUCGAAUGGUUGAAAAAUGGACAAAGUAUAGAAGCUAGUUCUAGAUUUACUUCAGUGUUCCGGUUCGGUUACAUAUCUCUAGACAUGCUCAGUCUGAAUAUGCAAGACAGCGGCGAAUACACAUGUCGUGCCAUCAGCGCGACAGGUGCCGCCGAAACCAAAGCAAUGUUGCACGUAACACCGCGAGCAACAAUCGAAAGAAGUAGUCAACAUCCAGAGAGCUUACAAUACAUCCAGCAAUUGGAAGAUUACUCUAAAUAUCAACAUCAGGAAUCAGUUGAGGAGCAAGUUUCACAGAAACCUCAAUUCAUCAGACCACUACAAGAUCUCGGUGAACUUCAGGAAGGCAGGAAUGCCCACUUUGAAGCACAAUUGACUCCAGUCAGCGAUCCUACAAUGAGAGUGGAAUGGUACAAGGAUGGCCGACCGAUCACAGCCAGCUCGCGAAUCACAGCAAUCUUCAACUUCGGCUACGUCUCCCUUAACAUCAUGCACCUACGGGCUGAAGAUGCAGGUUCGUACACAGUGAGGGCUAUGAACAAACUCGGUGAAGCCAUCAGUACUGCCACCAUCAGAGUAGCAGCCAGGAGCACCGUCACCGCAGAUCUUGGUAUUCCUGAACAAAGACGAUACAUCGAAAAGACUGAGCAGCUAGAGGCUUACCAGCAGCAGCAGCAUCAAAAAUAUUAUCAGGAAGUACCUGAAAGUACGCAGAAACCUGAAUUCAAAACACCAAUCAAAGAUCAAAUUAAUAUUAAGGAAGGUGGAUUCGCACAUUUCGAAGCUCGUUUAGAGCCUAUCGGCGACUCUACUCUAAAGGUAGAAUGGUUGAAAAAUGGCAAGCCCGUUGAGGCAAGCUCAAGAAUCACAACAUUCUUCAAUUUCGGUUAUGUAGCACUUACUAUCAAAUCAGUGACCGUGCACGAUGCUGGUCACUACACAUGUCGUGCUUAUAACAAAGUUGGUCAAGCGACGACAAACGCCAACUUAACUAUAGUAACUAAAAAAGACAUAAUAGCAGAAUCGCAACACCCUGGUGGAUUAGAAAAGAUCCAAUUCUUGGAAGAUUCAAGCAAAUAUUCAAAGAGGUCAGACGAAGAAGUCAGAGUUACUCAGAAGCCAAGAUUCUUAGGACCAUUAAAGGGUACAAAUAAAAUCGUUGAAGGCCAAAGUGCCCACUUUGAAGCUCGCGUCGAACCGCAGAGUGAUUUGACCUUGAACAUAGAAUGGUAUUUCAACGGAAAGCAGAUAAAGUCAGCUAACCGUAUUCAAACUUACCAUGACUUUGGAUAUGUGGCUCUAGACAUAUCUAGUGUAAGAGCUGAAGAUGCUGGAGUGUACACAGUUGUAGCGCGUAAUGCUGCAGGAGAAGCGCAGCUUAGUGCUUCAAUGGUCGUUGAAACAAGGUCCAGCAUAGACACAUCAAGCAUACACCAUGGCUUAUAUGAGAAGACCAGACAGAUGGAAGAAUCUAAAUUUGUUGAGCCAAUGUACCACAUUGAAGAGAUCUCAAAGUCUAAGCCUGUAUUCGUACAGCCACUGUCGGAUCCUCAGCCUAUUUCAGAAGGCAAAAAUAUUCAUCUCGAAUGUCGUCUAGAACCUAUGGGAGAUCCUACCAUGAGGGUCGAAUGGUUCCAUAAUGGACGUGCUGUUACUGUAGGCUCGAGAUUCAAAACUUACUACGACUUUGGAUUUGUAGCAUUGGAUAUCAUUCAUGCUACUUCAGCUGAUUCUGGUGAGUAUACUGUUAGGGCAGUGAAUCAUCUGGGCAGUGCUCACACGUCAGCUAUGGUAAGAGUAAUCGAACGAUCUGACAUUUUAACUGAAACACAAAACGAACAAGCCGUUGAACAAAUCCAAAUGCUAGAAGACGCGUCUCGUCGCAGCCGACAGGUUCAAGAAGAUAUAACAGUAAUGCAGGCGCCACACUUUUCUCGCGCCUUACAUAAUAUAGAAACUGUCGAAGGAACGAAUGUUCACCUCGAAUGUCGCUUACAACCUGUAGGCGAUCCGACAAUGAGAGUAGAGUGGUUCUGCAAUGGACGACCAAUAAAAACAGGACACAGAUUCAGACCUGCGUAUGAAUUUGACUACGUUGCUUUAGAUCUCCUAAGUGUAUAUCCCGAGGAUUCCGGAGUUUACACUUGCCAAGCUACCAAUCAGCUGGGUGAAGCCGUGACAUCGUGCGCUCUGCGCGUAAUGGCCAAGAAAGAUUUGAUAUUGGAAUCACAGCACCCAGGGGGCUUAGAGAAGAUCCAAUAUUUAGAAGAUGCAUCGAGGUACAAGAAGACUGAUAUAAUUGACGAAUCUAUUAACAUUAAACCACGAUUCGUGACUAAGCCUAAAUCAAUUGAAAAUGUCAAAGAAGGACAGCACGUUCAUUUCGAAUGCAAACUGGAACCAGUGACCGAUUCAAACCUGAAAGUUGAAUGGUUCAAAAACGGAAAACCUGUUACUAUUGGACAUAGGUUCCGCCCAAUCCAUGAUUUCGGCUACGUAGCCCUUGACAUCAUUGACUUGAUUGCCGAAGAUUCCGGAAUAUACACAUGCAGAGCGGUUAACUUGGUUGGAACUGACGAAGUUAGCUGCAGGUUGACUUGCCGAGAAACGGCUGAUAUUAUAAGGGCCACUCAAAACGAGGCCGGCUUAGAACAGAUUCAUGUCUUGGAAGACAGAUCGAGAUAUCACAGAACAGAUUACUCAGAUGAAGUGACCACACAGGCACCUAUUUUCACGACAUCACUGAAGAACGUGGAAAUUAAGGAGGGCCAACGAGCUCACUUCGAAUGUAGAUUGAUCCCGGUUUCUGACCCUACGAUGAAAGUAGAAUGGUAUCACAACAACAAACCACUGAAGAGUGGUUCCAGAUUCACAGAAACCAAUAACUUCGGUUUCGUGGCCCUCGACAUUAUGUCUUGCCUACCCGAGGAUUCGGGCACUUACACUUGCAGAGCAAUCAACGCAUUGGGUGAAGCGGUAACAUCAGGAAUUGCUAUCGUACACUCCAAGAAAUCGAUUUACUUGGAAUCGCAACACGAGGAAGCGUUGCCAAGAUUGAACCAGUUGGAAGAUGGUUCAAGGCAUCACAAGCCGACUUCUCAAGAGGAAGUAACUACUCAAGCUCCAGUAUUUACUAUGCCACUGAAAGACAUGAGAGUAGCUGAAAAUCAAGCUGUUCAUUUCGAAGCUAGACUUAUUCCCGUUGGGGAUCCUAAAUUGAAAGUACAGUGGCUGCGCAAUGGAGUACCCAUUGAAGCUUCCAACCGCAUUACCACAAUGCAUGACUUCGGAUACGUUGCUCUCAACAUGAAGUAUGUAAAUCCUGAAGACUCGGGAACUUACACAUGCUAUGCCAUCAAUGAGUUAGGCGAGGCAGUAACAUCAUCUACUCUAUUUGUGCAAUCUAAAGCAUCACUUCAACUAGAAUCUCAGCAUGAAACUGCUCUACAAAAGAUUCAACAAUUGGAGGACACCUCCCGCUAUCAACGUAAGGAGGACGUUGAAAUUGCUGUCACUCAAGCUCCACGCUUCGUGACACAUCUGAAUGGACCCACAAAACUGAUUGAAGGACAGAGCGCUCACUACGAAUGUCGCAUUGAGCCCUACCCUGACCCCAACAUGAGAGUCGAAUGGUACUUCAACGGAAAAGUCCUCCAAAGCGGUCACCGCUACAGAACAGCAUUUGACUUUGGCUUCGCAGCUCUCGAUAUCCUUACCGUAUAUGGUGAAGAUUCGGGAGAAUAUACCUGCAAGGUUAUUAAUAACUUGGGACAAGCGACAUCAUCUAUCAAAUUAAAUGUCCAAUCCAAGGAAUCCAUCAUUCGUGACAGCCAACACGAAAGUGCCCUAGAGAAGAUCCAAUAUCUCGAAGAUGACAGCAGAUACAAGCGCGUUGUGCGUGAUGAAGCAUUCAUUGCCGAAAAACCACAAUUUGGCAAACCUAUCAAGAACGCCCAUGUUCCUGAAGGCCAACCCGUGCAUUUAGAAGCUACGUUAACACCAGUAAAUGAUCCCACAAUGCGAGUCGAAUGGUAUUGUAACGGUAGACCGAUCCAACAAGGCCAUCGAUUCAAAACUACAUACGAUUUCGGAUAUGUCGCGUUAGACGUUUUAUACGCGUACGCCGAAGACUCCGGCACUUAUAUGUGUAAAGCUACUAAUGCAGUUGGUGAGGCUGUCACAACAAGCUCAGUCAAUGUUGAUGCUAAAGCUUCACUAUACCUAGACACGCUUGAUGAACAGCGUCUCAAAAAGAUCCAAGAACUUGAACAUUACGAAAGACCCAGAGCGGUCGAAGAAGAAAAACCUGGACAACGACCUGUUUUCCUUACGGCUUUAACUAGCCUCGAAAACCUCAAAGAAGGAGACCGGGCUCAUUUCGAGUGCAGGGUAGAACCCAUCAAUGAUCCCGACCUUAAAAUUGAGUGGUUCCUCAAUGGUCAAAAAAUUAAGACAGGUCAUAGAUUCCGUACCACACAUGAUUUCGGCUACGUCGCUUUAGAUAUUUUAUACACAUACACAGAAGAUUCUGGAACAUACAUGUGCAAAGCUACAAACAAAUUGGGUGAAGCUGUUAAUACAUGCACGUUGAAGGUUGCAGGGCACAAGAGUAUUAUAUUAGAUACACAACAUCCAAAUGGUCUCGAAAAAAUUAGACAAUUAGAAGCUCAAGGACAUACCACACGUAUGGAGGUCGAAGAACCUAAAAUUUCGCCUCCGAGAUUUGUUACCGAACUCAGAGGUACAACUCACGUAUUCGAAGGAAAAACCGCCCACUUUGAAUGCCAAGUGGAGCCCGUACAGGAUCCGAACUUACGCAUAGAAUUUUACCAUAACGGUAAAGCCCUGCAAUCUGCGUCACGAUUCCAUAUCACUUUUGAUUUUGGUUACGUGUCACUGGAUAUAUCACACUGCGUACCUGAGGAUGCUGGCGAAUACUCCGUUAAGGCAAUCAAUGCGCUCGGCCAAUGCACAUCCGCCAUAUCCAUGACAGUAACCGCAAAAGGAAGUAUUAUUUCGGAAUCUCAACGUCCAGAAGGUCUCGAAAAGAUUCGCGAACUGGAAUCAGCUGAACCAUUUAAGCGCCCAGAAAUACCAGAACCGGUGACGAGACAACGCCCCGUGUUCACUCAACCUCUUCAAAACAUUGACAACAUACAAGAAGGCCAGACUGCUCACUUCGAUUGCCGACUUAUUCCUGUCGGCGAUCCGACACUCAAGGUAGAAUGGUUCAGAAAUGAAAAACUUAUAGAAGAUAGUUCCAGAAUUACCAAGACUCAUGACUUUGGUUACGUCUCUAUGACUAUUACUCACGUCAGAGAUGAAGAUGAAGGAGUUUACAUGUGCCGAGCCUCCAACUUGCUCGGAGAAGCUGUAACAACAGCUGCAAUGAAGAUAAAAACCAAAGCUGCAAUCCAAAUGGAAACUCAGCACCCAGAAGGAAUGAAGAAGAUUCAGAGGCUAGAAGAGCCACAACAGAGGCGUGCUGAUGAACCAGAACGUGAAUUUGAGAAACCCAUUUUCACUCAAGUAUUAACAGGACCAUCAGAGUUAUGGGAAGGACAACAUGCGCAUUACGAAGCUCGUGUUGUGCCCGUCGGUGAUCCUAGUUUAAGAUUUGAAUGGUAUAUCAACGGAGUGGAACUUAAAAUGGGUUCCAGGUUCCGUACUACACAUGACUUUGGUUUUGUAACUUUGGACAUUAACUCCGUCGUUGCAAACGAUGCUGGCUUAUACAUGUGUAAAGCUAUUAACAAAGCAGGCAGCACUGUCUCAUCCACAUCCCUCAAGGUGAAGACAAAGUCUACGGUCGUAGAUCAAGCUAUGAGACCAGAAUCAUGGGAACAAAUACAGCUCAAAGAAGCAGCGAUGAACAAAGUUCCUGAAAUGUUCGUAGACUCCGGAGUGCAACAAGCUCCCAUCUUCACAACACAUCUAAAGAGUUACGACAAACUUGUUGAAGGACAACAUGUUUACUUAGAGGCUCAAGUGGAGCCUCGCGCUGAUCCUAACUUACGCAUUGAAUGGUUCAAGAACGGAGUCUCUUUAACUACUGGAUCGAGAAUAAAGAGCACAUUCGAUUUCGGACUUGUCACCUUGUCCAUUAAUAGUCUUCGUAACGAUGACUCCGGUAUAUACACUUGCAAAGCCACGAACUUGAUGGGUGAAGCAGUUUCUACUGCAUCGAUCAAGAUUGAAGACCGCCACUGGCUACUUGGAGAAUCAUUACAUCCUGAAUCUUUGGAUCGUAUUGGUGCGCUUGAACAACCAAAGCCAUCCAAACCAGAAUCGCCUGAGGUUGUUUACGAAACACCUGUAUUCAUUUCACAUCUUAACAACAUCGUGUGCAAGGAAGGCGAUAACAUUCAUUUCGAAUGCAAUGUCGAACCGUCACGUGAUCCAACUCUAAAGAUUGAGUGGUUCUUCAAUAACAAGCCACUGCCAUCCGGCACUCGCUACAAGAGCAUUCAUGACUUCAACUACGUAUCUCUUGAUAUCACACAUACAUACGAAGAGGAUUCAGGAAUUUAUACCUGCAAAGCUACCAACAGCAAAGGAUCAGCUACAACUUCCGGCUCUUUAAGAUGUACUGGAGACAAAAACAUUUACUUAGAUACUCAACAUCCUCAAGGCAAGGCUGGCUUAGAAGCCGUCGAGCAAGCUGAGGAAGCUCGACUUUCUAAGGGAAGGAGACCUUCAGUUCCUGAUGCGGAAUAUCCCAAGCCCGAAUGGGUUGUACCCAUCGCGGCAGAACACCAACUGAUCGAAGGCCAAGCACUUCACUUAGAAGGUCAAGUAGAACCUAAGAACGACCCUGAUCUAAAGAUCGAGUGGUAUUUCAACGGUAAAGUUUUAGAACAGGGAUCGCGGUUCAAGCUUAACAACGAUUUUGGUUUCGUAACUUUGGACUUAUUCGAUGUGUAUGAGCGCGACAGCGGUAUUUACACAUGCAAAGCAUGGAACAAACGAGGUGAAGCUUUCACUUCGUCGACCGUUUACUGCACCAGCAAGGAGAACCUCAUUGAAAGAACUCAGCAUCCUAAAGGUACAGAAGGUUUGGAGAAAAUUCAAAACCUUGAAGAUUCGCUUCGUAAAGAACCUAGCCAAAGGCCAGAUGAUGAUACUGGCCGUGCUCCUGAAUUUGUCACUGUAUUCGAAGAUAUCACUGACAUCAGUGAAGGACAAAUUGCGCAUUAUGAAGCUUCAUUGAUACCAACCGGUGAUCAAACUAUGGUCAUUGAAUGGUUCUAUAACGGCAAAACAAUCGAAGCUAGUCAUAGAAUCCGUACAGUCUACGCUUUUGGAAUGGUCGUACUCGAAAUUUUGGGAACCAAGACUACAGAUUCUGGUACAUACACCUGUAGAGCAACCAACAAGUGGGGACAAGCUGAAAUCAGCUGCAGGCUCGGAUGUGUCGAUAGGAGCAAAGGACAGAAACCGAAGUUCACAACGCACAUUCAGAGUAUUGAAGGCCUCAAGGACGGACAAUCAGCUCACUUUGAAUGUACCGUUAUACCUGUUGAUGACCCUGACAUGAAGAUAGAAUGGUACCACAAUGGACAACCGAUGCGCCAUUCGACAAGAAUUAAGACAGUGUCUGACUUCGGUUUUGUUGUGCUCGAUAUCGCGUACACUCAGAACCAUGAUACCGGUGAAUACGUUUGCCGAGCCUACAAUAAAUAUGGAGAAGAUUUCACUAAAGCGACCAUUUCUUGUUAUGGAAGAAGUGGUGUGUAUUCGGACAGCUUGCAGCCUGAUUCUCUUGCCAAAAUCAGGGAGCUCGAAAGCUUACAUGGAGUUCAGAAACAAGCUCCGGCUGCAGCUUCUGCAGAGCCACCCAAGUUCAUUACGCAAAUACAGGAUGUGACCAAACUAGUAGAAGGACAAAGUGCUCAUUUCGAAGCUAGACUUAUACCGGUAGAUGACUCAGAUCUCACAGUCGAAUGGUUCUAUAAUGGCAAGAAAUUGCCCCAUGGACACAGGUACAGAACAUUCCACGAUUUCGGAAUUGUUAUCCUCGACAUUCUUUACUGCUAUGAAGAAAACUCAGGAGAAUAUGAGUGUGUGGCAACGAAUAAGUUAGGUCGUGACUCGACGAAGGCAACAUUGAAGUGUACUUCGAAAGAGAAUUUGAUCCUGGACUCGCAACUACCGCGGGGCAUGGAAGGUGGGUUGGAGAAAUUGCAGACACUCGAAGAUUCUAUGGUACGAAGGAAAGAUACUGACGUUGAAGAAAAGCGCGGUAAAGCUCCGGUCUUCACAGUUCCUUUGUCUAACAUUGACAACCUAAGAGAAGGAGAGAACUCCCACUUUGAGGCUCGUUUGACACCGACUGACGAUCCUAACCUCAAGGUGGAAUGGUAUUGGAACGGAAAGUCAUUGAAGACAGGAUCAAGAUUCAGGACUUUCUGUGACUUCGGAUUUGUAAUACUUGAAAUAUCUCCUACUUACCCAGAGGACUCUGGUGAAUAUUUAUGUAGAGCUUACAACGAUUACGGCGAAGCUGUCACAACCGCUACAAUGAAAGUACAAGGUAAAAGGAAUAUCAUUCUGGAAUCACAGUUACCAAAGGGUAUGGAAGGUACCAUAGAUAAAAUCGCUGCUCUCGAAGGAUACACGGGAACUGUGGACUCGUUAACACCUGAAGCAGAAAGUGGUAACCCACCAGAAUUUAUUACGACACCAUCCGACCUUAUUCUCACUGAGAAUUCCUCAGCACACUUCGAGUGUCGACUUAUACCAAUUAACGACUCGAGUAUGCGAGUUGAAUGGUUCCACAAUGGCAAAGCACUCCUUACGGGAUCUAGAGUUAAGACCAUUAAUGACUUUGGCUUUGUCAUACUUGAAAUUGGAGGAGUAUACCAAAGAGAUGCAGGUCUCUACACUUGCAAGGCGACCAACCGCCACGGUGAAGCCACAGUGUCAUGCAAGCUUCAAGUCAAAGGUAGACAGGGUAUCGUUCUCGAACCCCAACUACCUUCACAUUUCAAGUCAGGAACCGAAAGCAUCCAAAAACUUGAAGAAACUCUUCACAAACGUGAGGAGAUAGCUAUUGAAGACGAGACACCCAACCCACCGAAGUUUAUCGUAGAAAUUAAAGAUAAUAUUGAUGUACCUGAAGGAGGACCUAUUCAUUUCGACUGUCGCGUCGAGCCUGUGGGUGAUCCGACGAUGAGAAUCGAUUGGUUCCAGAAUGGAAGACCGUUCGCGACUGGUUCACGCGUUCAUAUGCUCAAUGACUUCGGAUUCAUAGCUUUGGAUGUGGACUACAUCUACGCUCGUGAUUCUGGUGAAUACGUCUGUCGUGCCACUAACAAAUGGGGCUCGGCAACGACCAAAGCUAAAGUGACCUGUAGUGCAAAACGUGACAUUGUUUUCGAAUCUCAGUUACCGCAAGGCAUGAGUGGAGAAAAGAUCAAGGAACUAGAAAGAGGUCGUGUGAGCGACGCACCGAAAGAAGAACCAGUGGUUAGCACACCACCAAAGUUCAUCACUCAAAUCCAAUCCCACACUGUGGAAGAAUCAGAAUCUGUUAGGUUCGAAUGCCGUGUGGAGCCCAAGGAAGAUCCCAGGCUCAGAAUCGAGUGGUACAGAAACGGAAAAUUACUUCCAUCCGGCCACAGAUACAGAACAGUGUAUGACAUGGGAUUCGUUUCUCUGGAUAUACUUUACGUAUAUGCUGAGGACUCUGGUGAAUAUGUUUGCCGUGCUGUCAACGACUUUGGCGAAGACUUCACCAAGGCUACAGUGUCAUGUAAAAAACUGCCUGAUAUCAUACUCCAGAAUCAAGUACCAAAGGGAAUGAAGAAAUCGGAGGCUCUGAUGCAAAUGGAGGCUACCAUCAAGAAAUACACUUCUGAAGUGCAUCUGACAGAGGAUGAUUUGUAUGAUGCCGACAAAAAGCAACCUCCUCGAUUCGUCACACAAAUUCAAAGCCAAACCAGCUUAGUCGAAAUGGAAACGACUAAAUUCGAAUGCCAAUUGGCUCCUGUUGGAGAUCCUAACAUGAAAGUGGAAUGGUUCUUCAAUGGAAAACCAUUGUUGCACAAAAAUCGUUUCACCCCUAUCUAUGACUUUGGUUACGUCGCAAUGAACUUCGGUUGGGUAUACCCCGAAGAUAGCGGCGAAUAUCUAUGCCGUGCUACUAACCUCUACGGUAUGGAUGAAACAAGAGCUGUAAUCAAAACGGCCGGCAAACCAGGAAUCGUAUAUGACUCACAACUGCCCAAGCACAUGAAGAGUAUUGAGAAAAUCAGAGAAAUGGAAGCUUCAUGGCAGGUAGCUCCUGAACGACCAGUGGACGAAGCUAAACCAAGGUCAGCACCAGUCUUCGUAAGUCGUCCCGAGCCUGUAACAGUGGAAGAGGGAGAAUGGGCCAGAUUCUGCUGUCGUGUAACUGGACAUCCGAAACCACGAGUCAUGUGGAUUAUGAAUGGAAAUACCAUUGUUAAUGGCUCAAGAUAUAAGUUAAUAUACGACGGCAUGUACCACUUUGAUAUUCCGAAAACUAGACAAUAUGACACUGGAAAGAUCGAAGUCAUUGCCAGGAGUUCUGUCGGCGAGGCUAUGGCAACUACAGAAUUGAAGGUUAUACCCAGACAUGACGAUUACAGAGGUGUAUUGAAAAAUGCACCAAGACCUUGGUAUGACGAAACAAGUCAAUAUCAACGUUCGGAAACUGAAUUAGAAAAGACUUUCGAAGAGAGACAGACUAUGCAACGACAAGGUGGAAUCGACUACAGGCCCGAGCUUAAGUCUAAAGUUGUCAAGGAAGCGGAAACCGAAUGGCAACAAACCGUUAAGAAGAAGAAGAACGAGGAAUAUUAUAACAAACUACAAGAGCUAGAAAACGAGCAAGUUGUGAAAGAGAGUCGUAUUAGAGAAUCUUCACAUCAAUAUGCGAUUCCUGGAGAAAAAGUCACGAGUAGCUCCGUCGCAAGAAGCAUGGCGCAAAAAUAUGAAGACAGUCUAGACCAAACUGAGGAAACAAUUGAAAAAACAACCCAGGGCAAGAUAGUGAAGCCAAGAAUACCAGGACCUUCUGAAUCUACGGUGCACGGAAAAGAGGUGCAUGUAGCCAAACAGAAGCAAACACAGAAGGAGGUGGUGGGUGACACAGAAAUAACUCGCAAGAUAACUUCAACGGAAACAACUGAAGUAGAACACAAAGCCCAAACUCAAGAAAGGGUUGUAGAAGGACCAGUUAAACCGAGCAACCCACCAGUAUUCACAAAGAAAAUGCAACCUUGCCGUGUAUUAGAACACGAGCAAGCGCGAUUCGAGGUAGAAUUUGACGGCGAUCCGUUGCCCACCAUUAAAUGGUACCGCGAGAAUUUCCCGAUCAAGAAUUCCGCAGAUUUCCAGAUUCAUACGUUUAGUACCAAGUCAAUUCUUAUAAUAAGACAAGUAUUCGUGGAAGAUUCAGCUGUAUUUGCAGCGGUUGCUGAAAACAGAGGAGGUACUGCCAAAUGUAGUGCUAACUUAGUCGUCGAAGAGCGUAGACGCCAAGGCAGAGGUGGUGUCAUUCCACCUAGCUUUACACUGACCGCCCAGAAUGUCAAUGUAACAGCUGGUCAACUAGUGAGAUUCGAUACUAAAGUGACUGGUACUAAACCCAUCGACGUAUACUGGUUGAAGAACGGAAAGAAAGUACAACCAGAUAUCAAGAACAAGAUCUUGGAAGAAGACGGUACGUACACGCUUCUUAUCUUAGAAGCGUACCCACAGGAUUCUGGAAAAUAUGAGUGCGUUGCAAUCAACGGCGCCGGUGAGGCAAGGUGUGACGCUGAAUGUUUAGUCAAUGCUCCAGCGACAAAGGACAAGCCUAAACCUCAAACGAAAGCCGCAAAUUCUCCGCCAGAAAUUAUCGAACCACUGAAAGAUAAAACGGUGACCGAAGGCCAAGCUAUCGAAUUCGGUUGCAAAAUCGUCGGCAAACCGACGCCAACGGUACAGUGGUACAAGGGUGAUAAGUUGAUCAAACCCUCGAAAUACUUCCAAAUGUCGCGAACUGCUGAUGAUUACACUCUUCGUAUAUCAGAAGCGUUCCCGGAGGACGAAGGAGAUUACAAAUGCGUCGCUUAUAACUCUGCUGGACGAGUGACCGUAUCCGCCAAACUGAAAGUAACUCAACCAGACCAGGCCGACAACUUACCAUCACUGACGCCAUUAAGGGAUCUCGUCGUUUAUGAAGGCCAACCGGCUCAAUUCAAGACGAACAUCACAAGCAAAGUCAAGCCUACCAUACAAUGGCUGAGGGAAGGAGCUUUGAUUCCUGAAACACCUGAUUUCCAAAUGAUCCACGAAGGCAACAACGCCGUUCUGCUCAUUGGGAACACUUACGAGGAAGACACGGGCGUCUUCACGUGUCGCGCCACAACGGUCGCCGGCCAGGUCGAGACCUCGGCAAAGCUAGUCGUCAAAAAAACACGGAAGCAGAUUUACAAGCAAAGUCAUAAACAUAAAGCCGAUGAGAUAUCUGAACAAGUAGAGGAACAAGAUGCAUCAGUUUAUAGAACUUCACAUCAAAUAACUGAGGAAAGUAAUAUACUCAAAGUAAAAAACGUCCAGGAUGUGCAAGCUCGACAGGUUCCAUGGCGUAGAAAAGUCGUCAAGGAUGAGGAGCAAGAAGAACAAAUUGAAGUAAGAAAUUGGAGGAAAUCUCGCAAAACUGAUACAGUUAUCCAAAAGUCUCAAGAAUUAGAAGACUCAAAUCUUCUUGUGCUAGAAGAUACAGAAAUUUCCGAUACCAAGCAAGUAUCAAGGCAAAAAUUAGAACCUAAACCAUGGACAGAAGAAACAAUAACAUUAAAACCAACCAAAGUAGAAAAAUCUCCUAUUAUAAAAGAAAAAAUUGAAGAAGUUAAUUUAAGACAAGUACGUAAAGAUUCAGUUACAAAAAGUGAAGUUCUUGCAGAAGAACAAUUUGUUUCGACUGAAGAUAGUGCAAUACUUAAAGUACAGGAAUCUAUUCAAGAAGACAAAAAAUUGCCCGAAGAAAGCAAAAUCGAACAAACCCACGCGUGGCGUCGAAAGACACGUGUGGCAAAAUCCAACAUUGUGGAUGAAGUUAAAACCGAUAUUGAAAUUGCUGAUAGUAAAAAGCCUUCUAGUGAAGUCACAGAAUCGAGCAAAAUAUUAAAAAAAGAAGUUGAAAUUGAUGAAAAACAAAACGACCAGCCUUCUUUGAAAAGAACUAUUAAGAAAUCAACUAUUGAUAAAACAGCAGAAGAGUCAAAACAGGUUUCCGAAGCACAACAAAUAAAAUCGGAUACUGUGACUGCAAAAAAAAUUCAUGAACGAUCACAAAAGGUGGAACCGAAGCCUUGGACGGAAGAAAUAAUUAAAUUGAAACCAGCAAAAGCUGAAAAAACUCCAGUAACUAAAGAAAAAAUAGAAGAAGUGACUUUAAGAGGUGUUAGAAAAGAAUCUCUACCUAAAGCAGAUACAUUGGUAAUUGAAGAAUCUAUUACUUCUGUGGAAGAUACUAUUAUUUUACGUUUAGAAGACGCUAUUGAAAAACAUGAAAAACCAGUUCCAGCAGCAGCAAUAUUACCAAAAGAAGGAACACGAGAAAGUCAACUGUCUGAAGCCACAUGGCGUAAGGGUAAGAGAAAACCAAAAGCAGACGAACCUGCAGAGGAGGUUGUUCUUAAACCCGUUCCAAAAGAAAAACCAGUAGAAGAAGAAUCCAAAGAUGAAAUUCAUCUUAUACCUGUCGAAAAAAGAAAACCAGAGCAUGAGAAAGUCGAUGAAGUGCCAAAGUGGCCAGUUGGUAAGAGAAAACCCAAAGAAGUUGAAGUUCCUGAAGAAGUUGUACUCAAACCAGUUCCUAAGGAAAGAGUACUGGAAGAAGAAGAAACACCAGAUAAGGUUGAGCUUAAGCCUAGUAAGAAAAAAGAAAUUCCACAGGAAGAAAUAACACCUGAGGUCACAUGGCGUACUGGUAAGAGAAAACCAAAGCUGGAAGAACCUGCAGAGGAGGUUGUUCUCAAACCUAUUCCAAAACAAAAACCUGUGGAAGAAGAAAUCAAGGAUGAAAUUCAUCUUAAACCUGUCGAAAGAAGAAAACCAGAGCAAGAGAAAGUUGAAGAAGUGCCGAAGUGGCCAGUUGGUAAGAGAAAACCGAAAGAAGUCGAAGUUCCUGAAGAAGUUGUGCUCAAACCAAUUCCUAAGAAAGGAGUAACGGAAGAAGAAGAAACACCAGAAAAAGUGGAACUUAAACCUAGUAAGAAGGAAGAAAUUCCACAGGAAGAAAAAACGCCUGAAGUCACAUGGCGUACGGGUAAGAGAAAACCAAAACCAGAAGAACCAGCAGAAGAAGUUGUUCUCAAACCUAUUCCAAAACAAAAAUCUGUGGAAGAAGAAAGCAAGGAUGAAGUCCAUCUUAAACCUGUCGAAAAAAGAGAACUAGAGCAAGAAAAAGUUGAAGAAGUGCUGAAGUGGCCAGUUGGUAAGAGGAAACCAAAAGAAAUCGAAGUUCCUGAAGAAGUUGUGCUUAAACCAAUUCCUAAAGAAAGAGUACCGGAAGAAAAAGAAACACCAGAAAAAGUUGAACUCAAGCCUAGUAAGAAGGAAGAAAUUCCACAGGAAGAAACAACACCUGAGGUCACGUGGCGUACUGGUAAGAGAAAACCAAAGGUGGAAGAACGUGCAGAGGAGGUUGUUCUUAAACCUAUUCCAAAACAAAAACCUGUGGAAGAAGAAAUCAAGGAUGAAAUUCAUCUUAAACCUGUCGAAAGAAGAAAACCAGAGCAAGAGAAAGUUGAAGAAGUGCCGAAGUGGCCAGUUGGUAAGAGAAAACCGAAAGAAGUCGAAGUUCCUGAAGAAGUUGUGCUCAAACCAAUUCCUAAGAAAGGAGUAACGGAAGAAGAAGAAACACCAGAAAAAGUGGAACUUAAACCUAGUAAGAAGGAAGAAAUUCCACAGGAAGAAAAAACGCCUGAAGUCACAUGGCGUACGGGUAAGAGAAAACCAAAACCAGAAGAACCAGCAGAAGAAGUUGUUCUCAAACCUAUUCCAAAACAAAAAUCUGUGGAAGAAGAAAGCAAGGAUGAAGUCCAUCUUAAACCUGUCGAAAAAAGAGAACUAGAGCAAGAAAAAGUUGAAGUGUCGAAGUGGCCAGUUGGUAGGAGGAAACGAAAAGAAAUCGAAGUUCCUGAAGAAGUUGUGCUUAAACCAAUUCCUAAAGAAAGAGUACCGGAAGAAAAAGAAACACCAGAAAAAGUUGAACUCAAGCCUAGUAAGGAGGAAGAAAUUCCACAGGAAGUAAAAUCACCUGAAGUCACAUGGCGUACUGGUAAAAGGAAACCAAAGCCGGAAGAACCCACAGAGGAGGUUGUUCUCAAACCCAUUCCAAAACAAAAGCCUGUAGAGGAAGAAACCAAAGAUGAAAUUCAUCUGAAGCCUGUCGAAAGAAAAGAACCCAAGCAAGAGAAAGAUGAAGCAGAAAAAACACCAGAAAAAGUGGAGCUUAAGCCUAGUAAGAAGGAAGAAAUUUUACAAGAAGAAAAGACACCUGAAGUCAUAUGGCGUACGGGUAAGAGAAAACCAAAGCAUGAAGAACCUGCAGAGGAGAUUGUCCUUAAACCGGUUCCAAAACAAAAGUCUGAGGAAGUAGAAACCAAGGAUGAAAUUAAUCUUAAACCUGUCGAAAGAAAAGUACCAGAGCAAGGCAAGGUCGAAGAAAUGCCGAAGUGGCCAGUUGGUAAGAGAAAACCCAAAGAAGUCGAAGUUCCUGAAGAAGUUGUGCUCAAACCAAUUCCUAAGAAAGGAGUACCGGAAGAAGAAGAGACACCAGAAAAAGUGGAACUUAAGCCUAGUAAGAAAGAAGAAAUUCCACAGGAAGAUAAGACACCUGAAGUCACAUGGCGUACGGGUAAGAGAAAACCAAAGACGGAAGAACCUGCAGAGGAGGUUGUUCUCAAACCCGUUCCAAAACAAAAGCCUUUGGAAGAAGAAACCAAAGAUGAAAUUCAUAUAAAACCUGUCGAAAGAAAGGAACCAAAGGAAGAGAAAGCCGAAGAAGUGCCAAAAUGGCCAGUUGGUAAAAGAAAACCGAAAGAAGUAGAAGUUCCUGAAGAAGUUGUGCUCAAAUCAGUUCUUAAGGAAAAUGUCCUAGAAGAAGAAGAAACACCAGAAAAAGGGAAACUAAAGCCUAGUAAGAAGGAAGAAAUUCCACAGGAAGAAAAGACACCUGAAGUCACAUGGCGUACGGGUAAGAGAAAACCGAAGCCAGAAGAACCUGCAGAGGAGGUUGUUCUUAAGCCCGUUCCAAAACAAAAGCCUUUGGAAGAAGAAACCAAAGAUGAAAUUCAUAUAAAACCUGUCGAAAGAAAGGAACCAAAGGAAGAGAAAGCCGAAGAAGUGCCAAAAUGGCCAGUUGGUAAAAGAAAACCGAAAGAAGAAGAAGCUCCUGAAGAAGUUGUGCUCAAACCAGUUCCUAAGGAAAGAGUUCUGGAAAAAGAAGAAACACCAGAAAAAGGAGAACUAAAGCCUAGUAAGAAGGAAGAAAUUUCACAGGACAAAAAAACACCUGAGGUCACAUGGCGUACGGGUAAGAGAAAACCAAAACCAGAAGAACCCUCAGAGGAAGUUGUUCUUAAACCUAUUCCAAAACAAAAACCUGUGGAAGAAGAAAGCAAGGAUGAAAUUUAUCUUAAACCUGUCGAAAGAAGAAAACCAGAGCAAGAGAAAGUUCAAGAAGUGCCAAAAUGGCCAGUUGGUAAGAGAAAACCGAAAGAAGUUGAAACUCCUGAAGAAGUUGUGCUUAAACCAGUUCCUAAAGAAAAAGUACCCAAAGAAGAAGAAACGCUAGAAAAGCCGAGAGUUGCGGCUGUUCCUAAGAAAAUUGUACCUCAUGAAGAAGUUUUACCGGAAACAGAAGAACUGAAGCCUAGUACAGAAGAGGUUAAAAUUGAAGAAGAAGAAAAUGCGGUGAUUGAGACACGGAAAAUUAAAGAGAAUGGAAGACAAAAAUCAGAAGAAGCUAUUAAAAAUGAAGAUUUGAAAAAAACGGUAGAUGAAGAAGUUACAACUUUGCAUCGUAAAGUAAAAGUUUCGAAGAAGAAAACCAAGAAAGAUCAAAUUACCGUCGAGGAAGAAACGGAAGUAAAAGACUUUGGACCGAAAAUAAUUCAACCAAUAAAAUCAUUGACAUUAAAUGAAAAUACUUCCUUUGAGCUCACGGUUACGUUUGUACCAGAUAAGCAAAAUGAAAUAUUAUGGUACUUUAAUAACCACUUACUUGAACAGACGCUCACUUGUUCCAUUGACACUGAUAGUAAUAAAUCCACUUUGAAAGUUGAUAAAGUCAAUAAGCAGACCGUCGGAAAGUACGAAGUAGUGUUACGAAAAAACAAUGUUUUUGUGAAGUCUGGGGCUUCCGUACAGAUCAAUAAUUCGUUAGAAGAAAAUUUGAUACAGCCCCCUGAAUUUGUUAGACCAUUGGAACCUGUUGAAGCUGAGAUAGGACAGGUGCUGUUAUUGGAGACAGAAGUCAUAUCAAGUCCAUAUGCAUCAUUCCAAUGGUUUAUAGGAAAUAAAGAUAUUUCGUCGUAUAUCAAAGACAAAAAACUGCAAAGUAAUAUACAUAUAACAAAUAAAAAUAACAUUUCGUGUCUUGCUAUAGAUUGUCUAACUUCAGAUUUAAUUGAAACAGUAACGUGUAGAGCUGAAAACUUUGGAGGCUCGGUCUCAUGUUCUGCGCCUUUGGUUGUUAAACGCGGAAAAGGUUUUGAAUUGGGAGAUUCACCAAAAUUCAUAGAAUUCUUAAAACCCUUAAACGUAAUGGAUGGUGAACCAAUUGUAUUAAAAUGUACAGUUUCGGGUAAGCCUUGGCCGAAGGUUACGUGGAGUCGUAACGGAAAGCCUAUUGAAUGGGCGCGAGACAUAACUAUUGGUAGACAAGAGUCAGGACUAUGUGAACUGAUUAUCAAAGAAGCGUUUCCGGAAAUGUCUGGCACAUAUACUUGUGAAGCUACAAAUGAAUUUGGCAGUUGUAGCUGUGAAUGUUUUGUAAAUGUAGAAGCUUUCGAAUAUGCUCCGAAUAUACCAGAGGAGGAAUAUUUAAGUGACGAAAAAAUAAACGAUGUCGAAGAAUUUUCUCCGAGAAUUGUUAUAGCUUUGCCUACAGUGAUUUCGACAACAGAGGGCGAAUUGACAAGAUUGGAAGCAAAAGCUAUUGGAGUACCAAAACCAGAAAUAAGAUGGCUUAAACAGGGUGUAGAAAUCAAACAUUCACAAGAAUAUCAAAUAGAAGAAUUGGAAGAUGGCACGUCAAUCUUGAUAUUACCAGAAGUAUACCAAGAUGAUACAGGGGAAAUUGUGUUUGAAGCAUUUAAUCCUCUGGGAGUUACCUCCACAAUAGCAGCUCUGUCUGUAGAGGGAAUUAUUGGCACUAAGGAAUAUAGAAAACCAGCGUGGGUAACACACAUGGAAGAACUACAAGCUGCCCUUAAAGCAUCUCAAUCAGUUCCAACAUUUGUUCAACACAUUUUGGGGGAGCGUGUAGAGGAAGAAGAAGCUGUAACAUUUGAGGCUAUGUAUAGUGGAAAUCCUAAGCCAGAAAUCAUAUGGUACAAAGAUGACAAAGCUAUAAUGAGUGACACAAGAUUCAUUAUUGAAAAUGUUAAUAAUAGAACCACUUGUCAUAUUAAGAAAGCAAGUAAAGAUUUAGAAGGUACUUACACAUGUAAAGCUGUCAGUGAUAUUGGAAUGGCAAUAACAAAGGCAAAAUUACAAGUAUUCGAAGCCGAUGAUAAACAAACAGUUUUACAAAUUAAAGAAGAAGAGACAAAGAUACAUCAAAAAAUUAAGAAAAAAGUAAAAAAGACAGACUUACAGGUAGUACAACCACAAACUGAAACUUUAGCUCAAGAGCGGAUCGACGUAACAGAAACUCUAGAAACACUUCCUUAUGAAACACAUAGAGGUAUUUUGAAGAGAGUUGAAGAAGAUUCUAAAAUCGCAGCUGAAAUAAAUGAAUUAUUAGAAGUAAUAAACGCAAAGGAAUUUGGGCCAGGAGAAUCACCUUUAAGGGAAUUAGCUAAAAUUGGAUAUAUGUUGCGAAACGGAAUCAGCGUGGAUGAAAUUGAAAGUUUUUACGAUGCUGAAUAUUUUCCUUCUCUUCGAAUGCCUUCAUCUCAAUCGGCUCUUGUGCAGCUUGUUGAAAGGCAAGGUCAUGGUGCAAUUAUAACAGAAAUACUUACUGAAGAAACUGUAGACAAUGAAGACACUAUUGCAGCAAAAGUUGGGUUCCGAGCAUUUAUGAAGAUGGUCGAAUUGAAGCAUUCAUCUGUUGAGGAAGUUAUUGCUCACUUUUAUCCAGAGGACUUCAAGCCGAGGAUCUGGGAACACAAAGAAGUACAAGAGGUCAUUGCAGAAUCAGCAACUCAAGAAAUAGCAAUAUCUUCUGAAUCGAUUGUCAAAAAAGAUGCGACAGAGAAAAAGCAACUUAAACAGAAAAGGCAAAGAAAGCUUAAAGAAGAAAUUAAAAAAAUAGACAACGAUGAAAUUAAAUUAAACUCAGAACAAGAGCUGAAAUAUAUUGAAGAAGUUACAACAGAGCUGGAUAUUGAAACAGAUAAACGUAUUUUUGCACAAACCACGAAUAUACAUGACAGUAAAAUUGAAGUUGUUUCUGAAAGUCAAGUUACACACAUACAAGAAGAGGCACAUAAGCAUAUUGUAAAAGCUAACCUUAAAGUUGACACACUUUAUCCUAUUGUUAAUGAAAACCAAGAGACACAAGAAAAAGAAGUUAUCGUUCAACUAAAAAAAGAUGUAUCUCCAGUCGAAGUUAAGCAGUCUUUAACAGAAAUUGAACCAAUACAAGUUACAGCAGUUGAUGCUGAAAAUAGUCUCGAUUUAUGUGAUGUGCCAAAAAUGCCACUCAUUUAUAAAGCUAAUAGAAAUAUUCAGCAAUCUGAAAGUAUCACAACUUCUGAAGCACUUAUUAACUUUACAACCGAAGAAAUUAAAGAACAACAAAAUGUUGAAGAGAAUGCCAAACCAACAUUAAUAUGUCAAGAUGCUCUUAAUAUAUUAGAUUAUGAAGCUAACAUAAAAGAAGCUCCAUUAGAUACACAAGCCAUAACAAAGUCUAAUGCGUCAGUAACAGUUUCUCCUCUAUUGGGAUUAAAUGUUACGGAAGUACAAGAAAACAUACAAGAAAAGGAAAUAAUUGAUCUUUGUUUAGAAAAAUUAGUGAAUCCUGUUAUUAAUUACAAUUUAUUAGAAUCAGUUGAAGUAGGAGAAGUUUUUGUAGAAGAUAAGUCUGGUAAAUAUUACCCUGAGUUAAUCGUUCCUACUGAAAUGGCUAGAAAAGACGUUAUCGUGUCAAAUCAGCUGUUAACGGAAGUUCUCAAUAUUCAAGAAAAGGAAGGAUCUUUAGGUGCAUUGAAAUUGCCUCCUGCCCAAGCCGCUAACGUGGAAAUAUCUUCUAAAGACAGUGUUAUCGUUUCUGUUAAUCAGCCACAAGAAACAGAAAGUGCACUUGUAAUGGCCGAGCUACCGUUACAAUCCAAUAUACAAGAGGAUUUAAUAUUGCUUACUAGUCUUAACAAUUUGAUUACUACGUCAAAUAUUAAAGAAGAAGAAUUAUAUACAGAAAAAGUUUGUGAAAAGAAAGCUUCUAUAAGUUUCACAGAACAUCAGCAUAAAAUUAGCUCUGAAACUGAGAUUCAUGACACUGAAACAGGUUUUGAUAAACAGCAUGUACCUGCUGGUAGUAACGCUAAAGUAGGUGUAUCAACGUUGAUAAAAAAUAUUACUGAAGAAACAAAUAUACAUGAAAGAGAAGAAGAUUUCCCAUUAGACAAUGGUGGAAUGGAAAACAAGGCUAAAAUAACAAUAACACCAAUGGAAUCAAUAAUUACUUCAGAAAAUUUGCAAUUGAAUUCAAUGAAAAACCUUUCGGAACCGAAAAGUUUUUCUCAUGAAAUUGCUACAGAAGCUGUGAUAACUGAAAGUGCGAAGAUAAUUUCUAAUCCGUAUAUUCAUGAUCAAGAAACUCCUCAAAAUUACUUAAGUAAAAAACCAGAAACUGUGAUUAUGAGUGUUAUACCUAAUACACCAUUGUCUGUGAUAGAAGUAAGACCUUCUGACUCAGAGGACAAGUUUUUAAAUAAUAACAUGCCUAAUAUAACGCAUGCUAAAUUUGACACUACACAUAAUUUAACUGCUCCUAUAUCACAGGAAAUUUUAAUAUCAGACCAAGUUGAUUACCUGGAAUCUGAAAAAAAUAUAACGGAAUUACCUAAAUCUCGUCAAGACCUGUUUGAAGAAAUCACAGUUUCACAAAAUGUACCUCAAGAACAGACAGAAAUUCUAAAUGAAAUUGAGACCAGAUCAUCAAGGGCUGUAACGAAUUUUAUUUCAAAUGAAAGCGUGAAUGUAAGUGAAGUUAUGGCGAACAUAACAGAAAUAGAACUUAAUACAAAAGAUUUGUCGACAGUCCUAAAUGAAAACGCGAAAAUGAAAAUGGAUGUUAACAAAAAAAUUCCUUUGGUUACCGAACUAACACUUCCGGAAUCCUUCGGUGAGCUAAGUCAAGUGCAACCCUUCUCAGAAAAGGCAAAAAUAAAUUCAGAGUUAUUAAAGUCUGUAGUUAUAUUAGAAAACGAAAGUCUGGAAACUCAAGAUGUAAUAGAAAAUGUAGUGCAACCGCAACAUAGGUUUAUAGAGCCGAACGUAGUUAUACAAAAUAAUACCAUUGAUGUUUUGCAAACCGAACACCAUGAACGAGAAGAGGUGUUGAGCAAACAAGUAGAGCCAGAUAUGGUUAGAGCUCAGCCAGAAGUUUCGGGAUCAAGACCUGUGGCAACAGCAAGUGAGAUAGUUACAGAUUUUAGUGUUGCACCGAAGGAGGAACAAGCUGCGCCGGUUAUCCAAAAUGCUUUUGUCGGGAACAUAGCACAUACAGAAAUAACGGUUUCGACAACAGAGUGUAAUGAAAAGGAAAAUGUGUUAAAAGUGGAUGAACCAGAUUUCGUCCAUAGCUCUUUAAAAUAUGAACCUAUUGAGGCAUUAGUUGUUGAAAAAGUUUACUCUGAACACAUGCCCUCACUUUUUGAAUCUCAAAGUACUGGUAGUAAGCGAGAAGCAACUGUAUCUUCAGUAACUUCCGAAGCCAUGAUCCAAGAAGAGACUAUAUCUGAUUCUUCUAUUGGAAUAUUAGACAUUAAACAAGAAGAAACAUCCAAGAAACCUUCAGUCUCCUUUAGUAGUCUUCUAGUUCCAGAAUAUCAAGAAGAUUUGUCACAAGAAAAAGAAAAUAUAUUACAAAUUAAAGAACCAAACAAACAAAUUGUAAAUGUAUCUGUAACGCCUAAACAUGCUGUACAAACAUCAGAAACUUUACCGCAGAUUGAUAAUUUGCAAGAAAAAACAGGGUUUUCUUUACCAACAAUGAAAAAUGCAUUCAGCAGGGUUGAUGAAAUUUAUAAGAAGGUUCCUAACUUAGAAGAAGUUAUUGUUAGUCAAAAUGCGGAUGAUAUUAAACAACAAAUAUUUUUAGAAGAACAAUCUAAAGUUAUCCCGGUAGAAAAUACAUCUAUAGAAUUGACCGAAACAAUUUUUGGCGAAAAAGAAUCAUAUUUUUCUGAAAAACUAAGUAAGGAAUUUACUGCGAUACCUAAUAUUACUCCUAUGGAUGCUAUAACAAAAAUGUCUGUGGACAUAGUAGAAAAAGCAAAUACUUUUGAAGGAACUCCAUCAAUAGAACAAUACGAUGCGAAUAUUUCAUUUGUGCCGUAUAGAAGCACAUUAGGAUCAGAAGUCACACUGUCUCAUGAAACAGAAAACCUAAGAAUCGACAAGGAAAAAACAACUAUAGCUAAAUUAAAAGUAGAUGAAAAUCAAGCAUACGUCGAUGGCUUUGAAUUAAUUUGUGGCGAAAGAGAGGAACCUUAUGUUGCUCCACAUCAACACAUAAAAUUAGAAGCAAAUGAAACUCUUGUGGAAGCGAGUACUUCAGCUCAAGUGCUACAAGUUCAAGCUAAUGAAAAAGAAGGUGAUUCAAUAAUAAAAUCGUUUGAGUCGUUAGCAACUAAGGCAACACCAAGUAUUGGUCAUCAAAACACAAUUUUAAAAACCGAGCAAGUGUUUACUCAACAAAACACAGAUGAUUUUAUUGUUCCAAAUGAAUCUCUUGUGCACGCGCAUACAACUCAAAACUCUCAAGAAGCGGUCCAAGAAACACAAAUUUAUAUUUGUGAAAAGGAAGACAAUUUAAGUCAAACCACAAUGAAUAUCAAAACUCCACAUCUUACAAUAAGUGAUCAAAAAUCUUUAAAUAUAGUUGAAAUGGUGGUUUCAGACUCGGAAAUGCCUUUAGUGUUGACUCAAUCAGAGCAACCACAAAAACUAAAAGAGUUGUCGAACAUACAGCUACAUUCACCUAUACAAACCAGCGAGGUAAAUGUUCAUGAAAAGGAAGAUAACGUACAUGUUAGUGACACACAUAAGCCUCAAACAGCAGAUCAGCAUAUUCGAGGACUAGAAUUCAUAAACGUAAUGGAAGCAAUAGUAUCAGAAAAAGAAGGCGAAUUAAAUAAAUAUUUAACACCAAACGUGGUUACAAACAGUAUAAGCCUUGAAACACACAAGCAUAUUAAUAUCGAGGAGAAUUACUUUCAAGAGUGUGAUGAACCAUUAAAAAGCGAUACAUUAAAUGCUAAAGAAAUAGUAGGAACUUUCACAGAACCAUUAAAGCCUCUAUUUAUUCAACAAACAGACAGCGAGGAGAGGCAAGAAGACUUACAAGUAGACAAAAUUGAAUUUAAGCAAUCUAAAAUAGAUUUUCAAGUUGAUGGUCAUCUUAAUGUAACAGAAAUAAAUACUAUGGAAAAUGACACUGUUUUAGAAACAGUUUUACCAAGUAAAUUCGAUAUCGUAGAGCCGAAUAUAGAAUUAGCUUAUUCCAUUACUGUUGAUGAUAUUAAGACAGGAGAAAAGGAAGAACCACUAAAAGAUAUAACGGAAACAAAAAGAUUAAAUUUACAACCAUCUUUAAAUGAAAAUACAUGUAUCCAAGUUCAAGAGAUUUUACCAUCGGAAGUUGAUACUGCUAUUCAAGCAAUUUCCAAAAAAAGGGAAGAAAUACCAUCACUAACAUAUGACUUAAGCUAUCCUCUUAAUGUCACAGAUACUGUUCCUGACGAUUCAGAGCAGGAAAUAACUACCAAUUUCAAAGCAAAGCCUGAAGCUCAAACUAUGGAAAUAAGUACUGUUAAACACAUUACUACCGAAGAAACCAUUUUAUUGGAAGAUAUUAAUGAAGUUAAAAAGGAUAUACAUCAACAUAAGACGGCUUCUGAAGGUAUAAUUAUAGCUGAAGGUGUAAAUAAAAUUCAGCAGCAAGUAAUUGAAGCUAUUGGAAAUAUCGCAGAAGAAAAUAUAAUCAAAGCGCACGAAGCUAAAAUAAUUCAGGAUUUUAAUAUUAAUCAAACUUUACUAAUGUCAGAGGUACAAGCUGAUGAAAACCUUGACAUUGUUGAAGAAAACAAAUUAAAAUUAUCACAAGCAUUAUCUAAAGAAUCUGUGCCUUCUGAAUCGGUGUUCACAACAGAGCAACAAAUUUUUGAAAACUCGAUUGAUAUAAGUGAUCGUUUUGGUCAUGAAAAGACAGAAGUAAGAAGCACAUGGCAAACUCAAAGUAACUACACAACUCAGGAAAAUGUGAUUCAAGAGAAUGUCACAGAAAUAACUAGUAAAAUCAGAGAAGAGCCGAAAAAAGCAGGACAAGAAAUUGAUUUAUAUAUUCCUUUAAAACAAAUGGAAAUGCAUACACAGGAAAUGGUUGAAAAUUUGGUCGACAGUGAAGCUGCUUCAACUAAAAAAGCAAGUACAAGUCAUGUAAAUAUACAGACGGCUUUGUCAACAAGUACUCAAGUUUUAGAGAAUGUUAAUGAUCUAAACGACACUCCAAGCGCUGAAUCAGGUAAAGCAUUUAUGGAUUUAACAUACCAUACGAGUUUUUCUGUUUCUGAAAAUAUUUGUCCCGAAUCAGAAAGUUAUUUUAAAUCAGUGAAAGAAUCAGGAUAUAAGCCUGAAGAAAAAAUUUCCCUAAAUGAAUCAAUACAACACACCGAAAUUAUUAUAAGUGAUAAUAUAGAAUCGCUCGAAACACUAUCAUGUGACAACGAAAAAACUGUCAAUACUGAAACAAUUCCUUUCCAAUCUUUACAUCAAACAAGUUAUAUUAUUCAUGAUAAAGAAGAUGAUUUGAAUAUUCCUUCACAUGUCGAACCCAGAAAUGCUUCAUCCUCUCUAAUAACACUAGAAAGCGUAAAAGUUCAAGAAGUAUGUCAUGAAAUAACGCCUGAAGAAAUAAAAGCUAUUGAUACAAAGUUAUACUUUGCGGACAAAGACAUAAAACCAGUGACACAGUAUCUUAUAUGCACUGAGAGUAAUCCAGAAACAAGCGCAGAAAUCUUAAAUACACAAAGGGCACAACAACAAAAUAUAAUAUCACCCACGUCUACAGAAAAUCUUACAUCUUUGAUUGUUACUAAUAAUAUAAGCUUACAUAAAGAAUUAGAUGCAAGUUUUGCCAUACCCAAGCCACAAAUAUCGCACACAAAUAUAACUUUAUCGAACGAAUUAGAAACUAUUUACACAGUUACAGAAGAGCAUUCUUUACCAUACGAUAUCGAGAGGGUAAAACUUGAAAGUCCUUCUCAUUCCAUCGAAGAAAUUCAAGAUCAAGUUUUCAGUUUUCAACCUGAAAUAAAAAGAGAAGAUACAAUUCAUGAAUACACGUCACCAAAAUCUUCAGACAUCGAAGAAUCAGAAGAAAUAAUAACCAAAUUCGUGAGCGGACCUGGACAAAGUGAACCAAUUAAAAUAAAAACAAAACGGACGGUAAUAAAAAAGAAAAAAAAAUCGAUUUCUGAUAAUACUGAAAUUGGUAAUAUAGUUAUAGAAGAAGUUAUUGAUAAUGAAGAAGACUGUACUAACAAGGGUGUCACUAAUCACGAUGUUAAAAUAUCUGAAUACGAAGAGGAAAAUUCACAAAAAAAUAUAGACAUUAGCAAAAAAGGGGAUGAUCAAAAAUCUGAUACAAUUGAUUUGCAAGAACCCAUUAUUGAAGAAAUAGAUGAUGAAAUUAAAGAAAAUAAGGAGAAAUUUGAUGUCCUGCUAGACGAAACAAUAAGACCUUUAAAAGACGAAAAACAAUCGGAAGUUGUUGAUGAAGAAACUGAAGAGGUUCCUGAAGAUACUAUUGAAGAGGAAAUUUUGAUACCUGACAGUAAGAUGAAAAUAACAAAGACUACUAAGCGUACAGUCAAAAAGAAAAUGGUCACUUCAAAACAAGAUACACUUUCACCUACAGAACAACAGCCAUCCAUGGAUGAAACAGUGGAAGAGACAUCCACAACUCAAGAAGAGAUCAAUACACAAAAGGCACAAGAAAUCACUGAAGUUCUGAACACUGGUCAAACUAUCAUUCCUCGAGUUGCUCCUGCAGAUACGUCCGAAACGACAAAACCUUUGAACGAAAAAGAAAUGCCCGAAGAAACCGUUGUCGAAGAAAUCGUGUCUCCAGAUGGCAAGACUAAGAUCACAAAGAAAACUAAGCGUGUUGUCAAAAAGAAGGCGGUUAGAGAUAUUCCUGAAACUAAAGAUCUUGAACUGAAAGAACCGAAGUCAGAAGUCGAAGAAACACAGCCUGAUCAGGUGGAUGAUUUACCUGAAGUAACGGUUAUCGAAGAGGUUGCCCCAGAUGGUAGCAUCAAAAUCACAAAACGAACAAAACGUGUUACCAAGAAGAAGAUCAUCAAUGUGACUCCAGAAUUAUCAGAAAAGGAGCCUAAGGAACAGGAACCUAUUGCGGAAGAACCCAACGACACAGAAAAGUUGGAUUAUCUGCAAGAGCAUAAGAAACCUGAAGAAUCUGAAGAGGGUCCUGAGGAAACGGUGACAGAAGAGAUUAUGAUGCCUGACGGUAAGACCAAACAAACAAAGAUCACAAAACGUACAGUCAAAAAGAAAAAAGUCAUAAUGCAACAAGAUACACUUACACCUAUGGAACAACAGCCAUCCAUGGAUGAAACUGUAGAAGAGACAUACACGACUCAAGAACAGAUCACCACACAGGAAGCACUAGAAAUCACUGACGCUCUCGACACUGCCCAGACCACCACUCCUCAAGUGUUCGAAGCUCCCGCAGAUACUUCUGAAACGACGAAACCUUUGUACGAAGAAGAAAUGCCUGAAGAAAUCGUGGUAGAAGAAAUCGUGUCUCCAGAUGGCAAGACUAAGAUCACAAAGAAAACUAAGCGUGUUGUCAAAAAGAAGGUGGUUAGAGAUAUUCCUGAAACUAAAGAUCUUGAACUGAAAGAACCGAAGUCAGAAGUGGAAGAAACACAACCUGAUGAGGUAAAUGAUUUACCAGAAGAAACUGUUAUCGAAGAGGUUGCCCCAAAUGGUAGCAUUAAAAUCACAAAACGUACAAAACGUGUUACCAAGAAGAAGACCAUCAGCGUGACUCCGGAAUUAUCAGAAAAGGAGCCGAAGGAACGGCAACCUAUUGUGGAAGAACCUGACGACACAGAAAAGUUGGAUGAUCUGCAAGAGCAAAAGAAACCUCAAGAAUCUGAAGAGGGUCCUGAGGAAACUCUGAUAGAAGAAACCAUGAUGCCUGACGGUAAGACCAAACAAACAAAGAUCACAAAACGUACAGUCAAAAAGAAAAAGGUCACUAAACAACAGGAUACACUUACACCGUCAGAACAACAGCCAUCCACGGAUGAAACUGUGGAAGAUACUUAUACGACACAAGAACAGAUCACUACACAUGAAGCACAAGAAAUCACUGACGUUCUCGACAAUGCCCAGACCACCACUCCUCAAGUGUUGGAAGCUCCUGCAGAUAUUUCUGAAACGACGAAACCUUUGGACGAAGAAGAAAUGCCUGAAGAAACAGUAGUAGAGGAAAUCGUGUCACAAGAUGGCAAAACUAAGAUGACAAAGAAAACUAAGCGAGUUGUCAAAAAGAAGACGGUUAGAGAUAUUCCUGAAACUAUAGAUCUUGAACUGAAAGAACCGAAGUCAGAAGUGGAAGAAACACAGCCUGAUCAGGUGGAUGAUUUACCUGAAGUAACGGUUAUCGAAGAGGUUGCCCCAGAUGGUAGCAUCAAAAUCACAAAACGAACAAAACGUGUAACCAAAAAGAAGGCCAUCAAUGUGACUUCAGAAUUAUCAGAAAAGGAGCCUAAGGAACAGGAACCUAUUGCGGAAGAACCCAACGACACAGAAAAGUUGGAUUAUCUGCAAGAGCAAAAGAAACCUGAAGAAUCUGAAGAGGGUCCUGAGGAAACGGUGACAGAAGAGAUUAUGAUGCCUGACGGUAAGACCAAACAAACAAAGAUCACAAAACGUACAGUCAAAAAGAAAAAAGUCAUAAUUGAACAAGAUACACUUACACCUAUGGAACAACAGCCAUCCAUGGAUGAAACUGUAGAAGAGACAUACACGACUCAAGAACAGAUCACCACACAGGAAGCACUAGAAAUCACUGACGCUCUCGACACUGCCCAGACCACCACUCCUCAAGUGUUGGAAGCUCCCGCAGAUACUUCUGAAACGACGAAACCUUUGGACGAAGAAGAAAUGCCUGAAGAAAUCGUGGUAGAAGAAAUCGUGUCUCCAGAUGGCAAGACUAAGAUCACAAAGAAAACUAAGCGUGUUGUCAAAAAGAAGGUGGUUAGAGAUAUUCCUGAAACUAAAGAUCUUGAACUGAAAGAACCGAAGUCAGAAGUGGAAGAAACACAACCUGAUGAGGUAAAUGAUUUACCAGAAGAAACUAUUAUCGAAGAGGUUGCCCCAGAUGGUAGCAUCAAAAUCACAAAACGUACAAAACGUGUUACCAAGAAGAAGACCAUCAGCGUGACUCCGGAAUUAUCAGAAGAGGAGCCCAAGGAACGGCAACCUAUUGUGGAAGAACCUGACGACACAGAAAAGUUGGAUGAUCUGCAAGAGCAAAAGAAACCUCAAGAAUCUGAAGAGGGUCCUGAGGAAACUCUGAUAGAAGAAACCAUGAUGCCUGACGGUAAGACCAAACAAACAAAGAUCACAAAACGUACAGUCAAAAAGAAAAAGGUCAUUAAACAACAAGAUAAACUUACACCGUCAGAACAACAGCCAUCCACGGAUGAAACCGUGGAAGAUACUUAUACGACACAAGAACAGAUCACUACACAUGAAGCACAAGAAAUCACUGACGUUCUCGACACUGCCCAGACCACCACUCCUCAAGUGUUGGAAGCUCCCGCAGAUAUUUCUGAAACGACGAAACCUUUGGACGAAGAAGAAAUGCCUGAAGAAACCGUUAUCGAGGAAAUCGUGUCUCCAGAUGGCAAAACUAAGAUCACAAAGAAAACUAAGCGUGUUGUCAAAAAGAAGAUGGCUAAAGAUAUUCCUGAAACAAUGGUUCUUGAACUGAAAGAACCGAAGUCAGAAGUGGAAGAAACACAGCCUGAUGAGGUAGAUGAUUUACCUGAAGUAACGGUUAUCGAAGAGGUUGCCCCAGAUGGUAGCAUCAAAAUCACAAAACGAACAAAACGUGUAACCAAGAAGAAGACCAUCGGUGUGACUCCAGAAUUAUCAGAAAAGGAGCCAAAGGAACAGCAACCUAUUGUGGAAGAACCUGACGAAACGGAAAAGUUGGAUGAUGUACAAGAGCAAAAAAAACCCGAAGAAAUUGAAGAAGGUCCCGAGGAAACUGUGACAGAAGAAAUCGUGAUGCCUGACGGUAAGACCAAACAAACAAGGAUCACAAAACGUACAGUCAAAAAGAAAAAAGUCAUAAAACAACAAGACACACUGACACCUUCAGAACAACAGCCAUCCACGGGUGAAACCGUGGAAAUGACGUACACGACACAAGAACAAAUCACUACACAGAAAGCACAAGAAAUCAUUGACGUUCUGGACACUGCCCAGACCACCACUCCUCAAGUGUUGGAAGCUCCCGCAGAUACUUCUGAAACGACGAAACCUUUAGACGAAGAAGAAAUGCCUGAAGAAACAGUAGUAGAGGAAAUCGUGUCACAAGAUGGCAAAACUAAGAUAACAAAGAAAACUAAGCGAAAUGUCAAAAAGAAGACGGUUAGAGAUAUUCCUGAAAUUAUAGACCUUGAACUGAAAGAACCGAAGUCAGAAGUGGAAGAAACACAGCCUGAUCAGGUGGAUGAUUUACCUGAAGUAACGGUUAUCGAAGAGGUUGCUCCAGAUGGUAGCAUCAAAAUCACAAAACGAACAAAACGUGUAACCAAAAAGAAGGCCAUCAGCGUGACUCCGGAAUUAUCAGAAGAGGAGCCCAAGGAACGGCAACCUAUUGUGGAAGAACCUGACGACACAGAAAAGUUGGAUGAUCUGCAAGAGCAAAAGAAACCUCAAGAAUCUGAAGAGGGUCCUGAGGAAACUCUGAUAGAAGAAACCAUGAUGCCUGACGGUAAGACCAAACAAACAAAGAUCACAAAACGUACAGUCAAAAAGAAAAAGGUCAUUAAACAACAGGAUACACUUACACCGUCAGAACAACAGCCAUCCACGGAUGAAACCGUGGAAGAUACUUAUACGACACAAAAACAGAUCACUACACAUGAAGCACAAGAAAUCACUGACGUUCUCGAUACUGCCCAGACCACCACUCCUCAAGUGUUGGAAGCUCCCGCAGAUAUUUCUGAAACGACGAAACCUUUGGACGAAGAAGAAAUGCCUGAAGAAACCGUUAUCGAGGAAAUCGUGUCUCCAGAUGGCAAGACUAAGAUCACAAAGAAAACUAAGCGUGUUGUCAAAAAGAAGACGGCUAAAGAUAUUCCUGAAACAAUGGUUCUUGAACUGAAAGAACCGAAGUCAGAAGUGGAAGAAACACAGCCUGAUGAGGUAGAUGAUUUACCUGAAGUAACGGUUAUCGAAGAGGUUGCCCCAGAUGGUAGCAUCAAAAUCACAAAACGAACAAAACGUGUAACCAAGAAGAAGACCAUCGGUGUGACUCCAGAAUUAUCAGAAAAGGAGCCAAAGGAACAGCAACCUAUUGUGGAAGAACCGGACGAAACGGAAAAGUUGGAUGAUGUACAAGAGCAAAAGAAACCCGAAGAAAUUGAAGAAGGUCCCGAGGAAACUGUGACAGAAGAAAUCAUGAUGCCUGACGAUACUUCUGAAACGACGAAACCUUUGGACGAAGAAGAAAUGCCUGAAGAAACAGUAGUAGAGGAAAUCGUGUCUCCAGAUGGCAAAACUAAGAUCACAAAGAAAACUAAGCGUGUUGUCAAAAAGAAGACGGCUAAAGAUAUUCCUGAAAUAAUGGAUCUUGAACUGAAAGAACCGAAGUCAGAAGUGGAAGAAACACAGCCUGAUGAGGUAGAUGAUUUACCUGAAGUAACGGUUAUCGAAGAGGUUGCCCCAGAUGGUAGCAUCAAAAUCACAAAACGAACAAAACGUGUAACCAAGAAGAAGACCAUCGGUGUGACUCCAGAAUUAUCAGAAAAGGAGCCAAAGGAACAGCAACCUAUUGUGGAAGAACCUGACGAAACAGAAAAGUUGGACGAUGUACAAGAGCAAAAGAAACCCGGAGAAAUUGAAGAAGGUCCUGAGGAAACUGUGACAGAAGAAAUCAUGAUGCCUGACGGUAAGACCAAACAAACAAGGAUCACAAAACGUACAGUCAAAAAGAAAAAAGUCAUAAAACAACAAGACACACUAACACCUUCAGAACAACAGCCAUCCACGGAUGAAACCGUGGAAGUGACGUACACGACACAAGAACAAAUCACUACACAGAAAGCACAAGAAAUCACUGACGUUCUCGACACUGCCCAGACCACCACUCCUCAAGUGUUGGAAGCUCCCGCAGAUACUUCUGAAACGAAGAAACCUUUGGACGAAGAAGAAAUGCCUGAAGAAACAGUAGUAGAGGAAAUCGUGUCUCCAGAUGGCAAAACUAAGAUCACAAAGAAAACUAAGCGUGUUGUCAAAAAGAAGACGGCUAAAGAUAUUCCUGAAAUAAUGGAUCUUGAACUGAAAGAACCGAAGUCAGAAGUGGAAGAAACACAGCCUGAUGAGGUAGAUGAUUUACCUGAAGUAACGGUUAUCGAAGAGGUUGCCCCAGAUGGUAGCAUCAAAAUCACAAAACGAACAAAACGUGUAACCAAGAAGAAGACCAUCGGUGUGACUCCAGAAUUAUCAGAAAAGGAGCCAAAGGAACAGCAACCUAUUGUGGAAGAACCUGACGAAACAGAAAAGUUGGACGAUGUACAAGAGCAAAAGAAACCCGGAGAAAUUGAAGAAGGUCCUGAGGAAACUGUGACAGAAGAAAUCAUGAUGCCUGACGGUAAGACCAAACAAACAAGGAUCACAAAACGUACAGUCAAAAAGAAAAAAGUCAUAAAACAACAAGACACACUAACACCUUCAGAACAACAGCCAUCCACGGAUGAAACCGUGGAAGUGACGUACACGACACAAGAACAAAUCACUACACAGAAAGCACAAGAAAUCACUGACGUUCUCGACACUGCCCAGACCACCACUCCUCAAGUGUUGGAAGCUCCCGCAGAUACUUCUGAAACGAAGAAACCUUUGGACGAAGAAGACAUGCCUGAAGAAACCAUGGUAGAGGAAAUUGUGUCUCCUGAUGGUAAGACUAAGAUCACAAAGAAAACUAAGCGUGUUGUUAAAAAGAAAACGAUUAGAGAUAUUCCUGAAACUAAAGAUCUUGAACUGAAAGAACCGAAGUCAGAAGUGGAAGAAACACAGCCUGAUGAGGUAGAUGAUUUACCUGAAGUAACGGUUAUCGAAGAGGUUGCCCCCGAUGGUAGCAUCAAAAUCACAAAACGAACAAAACGUGUAACCAAGAAGAAGACCAUCGGUGUGACUCCAGAAUUAUCAGAAAAGGAGCCAAAGGAACAGCAACCUAUUGUGGAAGAACCUGACGAAACAGAAAAGUUGGACGAUGUACAAGAGCAAAAGAAACCCGGAGAAAUUGAAGAAGGUCCUGAGGAAACUGUGACAGAAGAAAUCAUGAUGCCUGACGGUAAGACCAAACAAACAAGGAUCACAAAACGUACAGUCAAAAAGAAAAAAGUCAUGAAACAACAAGACACACUAACACAUUCAGAACAACAGCCAUCCACGGAUGAAACCGUGGAAGUGACACAAGAACAAAUCACUACACAGAAAGAACAAGAAAUUACUGACGUUCUCGACACUGCCCAGACCACCACUCCUCAAGUGUUGGAAGCUCCCGCAGAUACUUCUGAAACUACGAAACCUUUGGACGAAGAAGAAAUGCCUGAAGAAACAGUAGUAGAGGAAAUCGUGUCUCCAGAUGGCAAAACUAAGAUGACAAAGAAAACUAAGCGAGUUGUGAAAAAGAAAACGAUUAGAGAUAUUCCUGAAACUAAAGAUCUUGAACUGAAAGAACCGAAGUCAGAAGUGGAAGAAACACAGCCUGAUGAGGUAGAUGAUUUACCUGAAGUAACGGUUAUCGAAGAGGUUGCCCCAGAUGGUAGCAUCAAAAUCACAAAACGAACAAAACGUGUAACCAAGAAGAAGACCAUCGGUGUGACUCCAGAAUUAUCAGAAAAGGAGCCAAAGGAACAGCAACCUAUUGUGGAAGAACCUGACGAAACAGAAAAGUUGAACGAUGUACAAGAGCAAAAGAAACCCGAAGAAAUUGAAGAAGGUCCUGAGGAAACUGUGACAGAAGAAGUCAUGAUGCCUGACGGUAAGACCAAACAAACAAGGAUCACAAAACGUACAGUCAAAAAGAAAAAAGUCAUAAAACAACAAGACACACUAACACAUUCAGAACAACAGCCAUCCACGGAUGAAACCCUGGAAGUGACACAAGAACAAAUCACUACACAGAAAGAACAAGAAAUCACUGACGUUCUUGACACUGCCCAGACCACCACUCCUCAAGUGUUGGAAGCUCCCGCAGAUACUUCUGAAACUACGAUACCUUUGGACGACGAAGAAAUGCCUGAAGAAACAGUAGUAGAGGAAAUCGUGUCUCCAGAUGGCAAAACUAAGAUGACAAAGAAAACUAAGCGAGUUGUCAAAAAGAAGACGGUUAGAGAUAUUCCUGAAACUAAAGAUCUUGAACUGAAAGAACCGAAGUCAGAAGUGGAAGAAACACAGCCUGAUGAGGUAGAUGAUUUACCUGAAGUAACGGUUAUCGAAGAGGUUGCCCCAGAUGGUAGCAUCAAAAUCACAAAACGAACAAAACGUGUAACCAAGAAGAAGACCAUCGGUGUGACUCCAGAAUUAUCAGAAAAGGAGCCAAAGGAACAGCAACCUAUUGUGGAAGAACCUGACGAAACGGAAAAGUUGGAUGAUGUACAAGAGCAAAAGAAACCCGAAGAAAUUGAAGAAGGUCCUGAGGAAACUGUGACAGAAGAAAUCAUGAUGCCUGACGGUAAGACCAAACAAACAAGGAUCACAAAACGUACAGUCAAAAAGAAAAAAGUCAUAAAACAACAAGACACACUAACACAUUCAGAACAACAGCCAUCCACGGAUGAAACCGUGGAAAUGACGUACACGACACAAGAACAAAUCACUACACAGAAAGCACAAGAAAUCAUUGACGUUCUGGACACUGCCCAGACCACCACUCCUCAAGUGUUGGAAGCUCCCGCAGAUACUUCUGAAACGACGAAACCUUUGGACGAAGAAGAAAUGCCUGAAGAAACAGUAGUAGAGGAAAUCGUGUCUCCAGAUGGCAAAACUAAGAUCACAAAGAAAACUAUGCGUGUUGUCAAAAAGAAGACGGUUAAAGAUAUUCCUGAAACUAUGGAUCUUGAACUGAAAGAACCGAAGUCAGAAGUGGAAGAAACACAGCCUGAUGAGGUACAUGAUUUACCUGAAGUAGCGGUUAUCGAAGAGGUUGCCCCAGAUGGUAGCAUCAAAAUCACAAAACGAACAAAACGUGUAACUAAGAAGAAGACCAUCGGUGUGACUCCAGAAUUAUCAGAAAAGGAGCCAAAGGAACAGCAACCUAUUGUGGAAGAACCUGACGAAACGGAAAAGUUGGAUGAUGUACAAGAGCAAAAGAAACCCGAAGAAAUUGAAGAAGGUCCCGAGGAAACUGUGACAGAAGAAAUCAUGAUGCCUGACGGUAAGACCCAACAAACAAGGAUCACAAAACGUACAGUUAAAAAGAAAAAAGUCAUAAAACAACAAGACACACUAACACCUUCAGAACAACAGCCAUCCACGGAUGAAACCGUGGAAGUCUCGUACACGACACAAGAACAAAUCACUACACAGAAAGCACAAGAAAUCACUGACUUUCUCGACACUGCCCAGACCACCACUCCUCAAGUGUUGGAAGCUCCCGCAGAUACUUCUGAAACGACGAAACCUUUGGACGAAGAAGAAAUGCCUGAAGAAACAGUAGUAGAGGAAAUCGUGUCUCCUGAUGGCAAAACUAAGAUCACAAAGAAAACUAAGCGUGUUGUCAAAAAGAAGACGGCUAAAGAUAUUCCUGAAACAAUGGAUCUUGAACUUAAAGAACCGAAGUCAGAAGUGGAAGAAACACAGCCUGAUGAGGUAGAUGAUUUACCUGAAGUAACGGUUAUCGAAGAGGUUGCCCCAGAUGGUAGCAUCAAAAUCACAAAACGAACAAAACGUGUAACCAAGAAGAAGACCAUCGGUGUGACUCCAGAAUUAUCAGAAAAGGAGCCAAAGGAACAGCAACCUAUUGUGGAAGAACCUGACGAAACGGAAAAGUUGGAUGAUGUACAAGAGCAAAAUAAACCCGAAGAAAUUGAAGAAGGUCCCGAGGAAACUGUGACAGAAGAAAUCAUGAUGCCUGACGGUAAGACCCAACAAACAAGGAUCACAAAACGUACAGUCAAAAAGAAAAAAGUCAUAAAACAACAAGACACACUAACACCUUCAGAACAACAGCCAUCCACGGAUGAAACCGUGGAAGUCUCGUACACGACACAAGAACAAAUCACUACACAGAAAGCACAAGAAAUCACUGACGUUCUCGACACUGCCCAGACCACCACUCCUCAAGUGUUGGAAGCUCCCGCAGAUACUUCUGAUACGACGAAACCUUUGGACGAAGAAGAAAUGCCUGAAGAAACAGUAUUAGAGGAAAUCGUGUCUCCAGAUGGCAAAACUAAGAUCACAAAGAAAACUAAGCGUGUUGUCAAAAAGAAGACGGCUAAAGAUAUUACUGAAGCAAUGGAUCUUGAACUGAAAGAACCGAAGUCAGAAGUGGAAGAAACACAGCCUGAUGAGGUAGAUGAUUUACCUGAAGUAACGGUUAUCGAAGAGGUUGCCCCAGAUGGUAGCAUCAAAAUCACAAAACGAACAAAACGUGUAACCAAGAAGAAGACCAUCGGUGUGACUCCAGAAUUAUCAGAAAAGGAGCCAAAGGAACAGCAACCUAUUGUGGAAGAACCUGACGAAACGGAAAAGUUGGAUGAUGUACAAGAGCAAAAGAAACCCGAAGAAAUUGAAGAAGGUCCCGAGGAAACUGUGACAGAAGAAAUCAUGAUGCCUGACGGUAAGACCCAACAAACAAGGAUCACAAAACGUACAGUUAAAAAGAAAAAAGUCAUAAAACAACAAGACACACUAACACCUUCAGAACAACAGCCAUCCACGGAUGAAACCGUGGAAGUCUCGUACACGACACAAGAACAAAUCACUACACAGAAAGCACAAGAAAUCACUGACUUUCUCGACACUGCCCAGACCACCACUCCUCAAGUGUUGGAAGCUCCCGCAGAUACUUCUGAAACGACGAAACCUUUGGACGAAGAAGAAAUGCCUGAAGAAACAGUAGUAGAGGAAAUCGUGUCUCCUGAUGGCAAAACUAAGAUCACAAAGAAAACUAAGCGUGUUGUCAAAAAGAAGACGGCUAAAGAUAUUCCUGAAACAAUGGAUCUUGAACUGAAAGAACCGAAGUCAGAAGUGGAAGAAACACAGCCUGAUGAGGUAGAUGAUUUACCUGAAGUAACGGUUAUCGAAGAGGUUGCCCCAGAUGGUAGCAUCAAAAUCACAAAACGAACAAAACGUGUAACCAAGAAGAAGACCAUCGGUGUGACUCCAGAAUUAUCAGAAAAGGAGCCAAAGGAACAGCAACCUAUUGUGGAAGAACCUGACGAAACGGAAAAGUUGGAUGAUGUACAAGAGCAAAAUAAACCCGAAGAAAUUGAAGAAGGUCCCGAGGAAACUGUGACAGAAGAAAUCAUGAUGCCUGACGGUAAGACCAAACAAACAAGGAUCACAAAACGUACAGUCAAAAAGAAAAAAGUCAUAAAACAACAAGACACACUAACACCUUCAGAACAACAGCCAUCCACGGAUGAAACCGUGGAAGUCUCGUACACGACACAAGAACAAAUCACUACACAGAAAGCACAAGAAAUCACUGACGUUCUCGACACUGCCCAGACCACCACUCCUCAAGUGUUGGAAGCUCCCGCAGAUACUUCUGAAACGACGAAACCUUUGGACGAAGAAGAAAUGCCUGAAGAAACAGUAGUAGAGGAAAUCGUGUCUCCAGAUGGCAAAACUAAGAUCACAAAGAAAACUAAGCGUGUUGUCAAAAAGAAGACGGCUAAAGAUAUUACUGAAGCAAUGGAUCUUGAACUGAAAGAACCGAAGUCAGAAGUGGAAGAAACACAGCCUGAUGAGGUAGAUGAUUUACCUGAAGUAACGGUUAUCGAAGAGGUUGCCCCAGAUGGUAGCAUCAAAAUCACGAAACGAACAAAACGUGUAACCAAGAAGAAGACCAUCGGUGUGACUCCAGAAUUAUCAGAAAAGGAGCCAAAGGAACAGCAACCUAUUGUGGAAGAACCUGACGAAACGGAAAAGUUGGAUGAUGUACAAGAGCAAAAGAAACCCGAAGAAAUUGAAGAAGGUCCUGAGGAAACUGUGACAGAAGAAAUCAUGAUGCCUGACGGUAAGACCAAACAAACAAGGAUCACAAAACGUACAGUCAAAAAGAAAAAAGUCAUAAAACAACAAGACACACUAAAACCUUCAGAACAACAGCCAUCCAUGGAUGAAACCGUGGAAGUCUCGUACACGACACAAGAACAAAUCACUACACAGAAAGCACAAGAAAUCACUGACGUUCUCGACACUGCCCAGACCACCACUCCUCAAGUGUUGGAAGCUCCCGCAGAUACUUCUGAAACGACGAAACCUUUGGACGAAGAAGAAAUGCCUGAAGAAACAGUAGUAGAGGAAAUCGUGUCUCCUGAUGGCAAAACUAAGAUCACAAAGAAAACUAAGCGUGUUGUAAAAAAGAAAACGAUUAGAGAUAUUCCUGAAACUAAAGAUCUUGAACUGAAAGAACCGAAGUCAGAAGUGGAAGAAACACAGCCUGAUGAGGUAGAUGAUUUACCUGAAGUAACGGUUAUCGAAGAGGUUGCCCCAGAUGGUAGCAUCAAAAUCACAAAACGAACAAAACGUUUAACCAAGAAGAAGACCAUCGGUGUGACUCCAGAAUUAUUAGAAAAGGAGCCAAAGGAACAGCAACCUAUUGUGGAAGAACCUGACGAAACGGAAAAGUUGGAUGAUGUACAAGAGCAAAAGAAACCCGAAGAAAUUGAAGAAGGCCCCGAGGAAACUGUGACAGAAGAAAUCAUGAUGCCUGACGGUAAGACCAAACAAACAAGGAUCACAAAACGUACAGUCAAAAAGAAAAAAGUCAUAAAACAACAAGACACACUAACACCUUCAGAACAACAGCCAUCCACGGAUGAAACCGUGGAAGUGACGUACACGACACAAGAACAAAUCACUACACAGAAAGCACAAGAAAUCACUGACAUUCUCGACACUGCCCAGACCACCACUCCUCAAGUGUCGGAAGCUCCCGCAGAUACUUCUGAAACGAAGAAACCUUUGGACGAAGAAGACAUGCCUGAAGAAACCAUGGUAGAGGAAAUUGUGUCUCCUGAUGGUAAGACUAAGAUCACAAAGAAAACUAAGCGUGUUGUUAAAAAGAAAACGAUUAGAGAUAUUCCUGAAACUAAAGAUCUUGAACUGAAAGAACCGAAGUCAGAAGUGGAAGAAACACAGCCUGAUGAGGUAGAUGAUUUACCUGAAGUAACGGUUAUCGAAGAGGUUGCCCCCGAUGGUAGCAUCAAAAUCACAAAACGAACAAAACGUGUAACCAAGAAGAAGACCAUCGGUGUGACUCCAGAAUUAUCAGAAAAGGAGCCAAAGGAACAGCAACCUAUUGUGGAAGAACCUGACGAAACGGAAAAGUUGGAUGAUGUACAAGAGCAAAAGAAACCCGAAGAAAUUGAAGAAGGUCCCGAGGAAACUGUGACAGAAGAAAUCAUGAUGCCUGACGGUAAGACCAAACAAACAAGGAUCACAAAACGUACAGUCAAAAAGAAAAAAGUCAUAAAACAACAAGACACACUAACACCUUCAGAACAACAGCCAUCCACGGAUGAAACCGUGGAAGUCUCGUACACGACACAAGAACAAAUCACUACACAGAAAGCACAAGAAAUCACUGACGUUCUCGACACUGCCCAGACCACCACUCCUCAAGUGUUGGAAGCUCCCGCAGAUACUUCUGAAACGACGAAACCUUUGGACGAAGAAGAAAUGCCUGAAGAAACAGUAGUAGAGGAAAUCGUGUCUCCAGAUGGCAAAACUAAGAUCACAAAGAAAACUAAGCGUGUUGUCAAAAAGAAGACGGCUAAAGAUAUUCCUGAAGCAAUGGAUCUUGAACUGAAAGAACCGAAGUCAGAAGUGGAAGAAACACAGCCUGAUGAGGUAGAUGAUUUACCUGAAGUAACGGUUAUCGAAGAGGUUGCCCCAGAUGGUAGCAUCAAAAUCACAAAACGAACAAAACGUGUAACCAAGAAGAAGACCAUCGGUGUGACUCCAGAAUUAUCAGAAAAGGAGCCAAACGAACAGCAACUUAUUGUGGAAGAACCUGACGAAACGGAAAAGUUGGAUGAUGUACAAGAGCAAAAGAAACCCGAAGAAAUUGAAGAAGGUCCUGAGGAAACUGUGACAGAAGAAAUCAUGAUGCCUGACGGUAAGACCAAACAAACAAGGAUCACAAAACGUACAGUCAAAAAGAAAAAAGUCAUAAAACAACAAGACACACUAAAACCUUCAGAACAACAGCCAUCCACGGAUGAAACCGUGGAAGUCUCGUACACGACACAAGAACAAAUAACUACACAGAAAGCACAAGAAAUCACUGACGUUCUCGACACUGCCCAGACCACCACUCCUCAAGUGUUGGAAGCUCCCGCAGAUACUUCUGAAACGACGAAACCUUUGGACGAAGAAGAAAUGCCUGAAGAAACAGUAGUAGAGGAAAUCGUGUCUCCUGAUGGCAAAACUAAGAUCACAAAGAAAACUAAGCGUGUUGUAAAAAAGAAAACGAUUAGAGAUAUUCCUGAAACUAAAGAUCUUGAACUGAAAGAACCGAAGUCAGAAGUGGAAGAAACACAGCCUGAUGAGGUAGAUGAUUUACCUGAAGUAACGGUUAUCGAAGAGGUUGCCCCAGAUGGUAGCAUCAAAAUCACAAAACGAACAAAACGUGUAACCAAGAAGAAGACCAUCGGUGUGACUCCAGAAUUAUUAGAAAAGGAGCCAAAGGAACAGCAACCUAUUGUGGAAGAACCUGACGAAACGGAAAAGUUGGAUGAUGUACAAGAGCAAAAGAAACCCGAAGAAAUUGAAGAAGGACCCGAGGAAACUGUGACAGAAGAAAUCAUGAUGCCUGACGGUAAGACCAAACAAACAAGGAUCACAAAACGUACAGUCAAAAAGAAAAAAGUCAUAAAACAACAAGACACACUAACACCUUCAGAACAACAGCCAUCCACGGAUGAAACCGUGGAAGUGACGUACACGACACAAGAACAAAUCACUACACAGAAAGCACAAGAAAUCACUGACGUUCUCGACACUGCCCAGACCACCACUCCUCAAGUGUUGGAAGCUCCCGCAGAUACUUCUGAAACGAAGAAACCUUUGGACGAAGAAGACAUGCCUGAAGAAGCCAUGGUAGAGGAAAUUGUGUCUCCUGAUGGUAAGACUAAGAUCACAAAGAAAACUAAGCGUGUUGUCAAAAAGAAGACGGUUAAAGAUAUUCCUGAAACUAUGGAUCUUGGACUGAAAGAACCGAAGUCAGAAGUGGAAGAAACACAGCCUGAUGAGGUAGAUGAUUUACCUGAAGUAACGGUUAUCGAAGAGGUUGCCCCAGAUGGUAGCAUCAAAAUCACAAAACGAACAAAACGUGUAACCAAGAAGAAGACCAUCGGUGUGACUCCAGAAUUAUUAGAAAAGGAGCCAAAGGAACAGCAACCUAUUGUGGAAGAACCUGACGAAACGGAAAAGUUGGAUGAUGUACAAGAGCAAAAGAAACCCGAAGAAAUUGAAGAAGGACCCGAGGAAACUGUGACAGAAGAAAUCAUGAUGCCUGACGGUAAGACCAAACAAACAAGGAUCACAAAACGUACAGUCAAAAAGAAAAAAGUCAUAAAACAACAAGACACACUAACACCUUCAGAACAACAGCCAUCCACGGAUGAAACCGUGGAAGUGACGUACACGACACAAGAACAAAUCACUACACAGAAAGCACAAGAAAUCACUGACGUUCUCGACACUGCCCAGACCACCACUCCUCAAGUGUUGGAAGCUCCCGCAGAUACUUCUGAAACGAAGAAACCUUUGGACGAAGAAGACAUGCCUGAAGAAGCCAUGGUAGAGGAAAUUGUGUCUCCUGAUGGUAAGACUAAGAUCACAAAGAAAACUAAGCGUGUUGUCAAAAAGAAGACGGUUAAAGAUAUUCCUGAAACUAUGGAUCUUGGACUGAAAGAACCGAAGUCAGAAGUGGAAGAAACACAGCCUGAUGAGGUAGAUGAUUUACCUGAAGUAACGGUUAUCGAAGAGGUUGCCCCAGAUGGUAGCAUCAAAAUCACAAAACGAACAAAACGUGUAACCAAGAAGAAGACCAUCGGUGUGACUCCAGAAUUAUUAGAAAAGGAGCCAAAGGAACAGCAACCUAUUGUGGAAGAACCUGACGAAACGGAAAAGUUGGAUGAUGUACAAGAGCAAAAGAAACCCGAAGAAAUUGAAGAAGGACCCGAGGAAACUGUGACAGAAGAAAUCAUGAUGCCUGACGGUAAGACCAAACAAACAAGGAUCACAAAACGUACAGUCAAAAAGAAAAAAGUCAUAAAACAACAAGACACACUAACACCUUCAAAACAACAGCCAUCCACGGAUGAAACCGUGGAAGUCUCGUACACGACACAAGAACAAAUCACUACACAGAAAGCAAAAGAAAUCAUUGACGUUCUGGACACUGCCCAGACCACCACUCCUCAAGUGUUGGAAGCUCCCGCAGAUACUUCUGAAACGACGAAACCUUUGGACGAAGAAGAAAUGCCGGAAGAAACAGUAGUAGAGGAAAUCGUGUCUCCAGAUGGCAAAACUAAGAUCACAAAGAAAACUAAGCGUGUUGUCAAAAAGAAGACGGCUAAAGAUAUUCCUGAAGCAAUGGAUCUUGAACUGAAAGAACCGAAGUCAGAAGUGGAAGAAACACAGCCUGAUGAGGUAGAUGAUUUACCUGAAGUAACGGUUAUCGAAGAGGUUGCCCCAGAUGGUAGCAUCAAAAUCACAAAACGAACAAAACGUGUAACCAAGAAGAAGACCAUCGGUGUGACUCCAGAAUUAUCAGAAAAGGAGCCAAAGGAACAGCAACCUAUUGUGGAAGAACCUGAUGAAACGGAAAAGUUGGAUGAUGUACAAGAGCAAAAGAAACCCGAAGAAAUUGAAGAAGGUCCCGAGGAAACUGUGACAGAAGAAAUCAUGAUGCCUGACGGUAAGACCAAACAAACAAGGAUCACAAAACGUACAGUCAAAAAGAAAAAAGUCAUAAAACAACAAGACACACUAACACCUUCAGAACAACAGCCAUCCACGGAUGAAACCGUGGAAGUGACGUACACGACACAAGAACAAAUCACUACACAGAAAGCACAAGAAAUCACUAACGUUCUCGACACUGCCCAGACCACCACUCCUCAAGUGUUGGAAGCUCCCGCAGAUACUUCUGAAAUGACGAAGCCUUUGGACGAAGAAGAAAUGCCUGAAGAAACAGUAGUAGAGGAAAUCGUGUCUCCAGAUGGCAAAACUAAGAUCACAAAGAAAACUAAGCGUGUUGUCAAAAAGAAGACGGUUAAAGAUAUUCCUGAAAUUAUGGAUCUUGGACUGAAAGAACCGAAGUCAGAAGUGGAAGAAACACAGCCUGAUGAGGUAGAUGAUUUACCUGAAGUAAUGGUUAUCGAAGAGGUUGCCCCAGAUGGUAGCAUCAAAAUCACAAAACGAACAAAACGUGUAACCGAGAAGAAGACCAUCGAUGUGACUCCAGAAUUAUCAGAGAAGGAGCCCAAGAAACAGCAACCUGUUGUGGAAGAACCUGACGACACAGAAAAGUUGGAUGAUCUGCAAGACCAAAAGAAACCUGAAGAAACUGAAGAGGGUCCUGAGGAAACGGUGAUAGAAGAAAUCAUGAUACCUGACGGUAAGACCAAACAAACAAAGAUCACAAAACGUAUAGUCAAAAAGAAAAAAGUCAUAAAACAACAAGACACACUUACACCUUCAGAACAACAGCCAUCCAUGGAUGAAACCGUGGAAGUGACACAAGUACAAAUCACUACACAGAAAGCACAAGAAAUCACUGACGUUCUCGACACUGCCCAGACCACCACUCCUCAAGUGUUGGAAGCUCCCGCUGAUACUUCUGAAACGAAGAAACCUUUGGACGAAGAAGAAAUGCCUGAAGAAACCGUGGUAGAGGAAAUUGUGUCUCCUGAUGGUAAGACUUCUAAGAUCACAAAGAAAACUAAGCGUAUUGUAAAAAAGAAAACGAUUAGAGAUAUUCCUGAAACUAAAGAUCUUGAACUGAAAGAACCGAAGUCAGAAGUGGAAGAAACACAGCCUGAUGAGGUAGAUGAUUUACCUGAAGUAACGGUUAUCGAAGAGGUUGCCCCAGAUGGUAGCAUCAAAAUCACAAAACGAACAAAACGUGUAACCAAGAAGAAGACCAUCGGUGUGACUCCAGAAUUAUCAGAAAAGGAGCCAAAGGAACAGCAACUUAUUGUGGAAGAACCUGAUGAAACGGAAAACUUGGAUGAUGUACAACAGCAAAAGAAACCUGAAGAAAUUGAAGAAGGUCCUGAGGAAACUGUGACAGAAGAAAUCAUGAUGCCUGACGGUAAGACCAAACAAACAAGGAUCACAAAACGUACAAACAAAAAGAAAAAACUCAUAACACAACAAGACACACUUUCACCUACAGAACAUCAGCCAUCCACGGAUGAAACCGUGGAAGAGACGUACACGACACUCGAACAAAUCACUACACAGAAAACACAAGAAAUCGCUGACGUUUUCGACACUGCCCAAACAAUCAUUCCUGAAAUUUUAGAAGCUCCUGCAGAUACUUCUGAAACGACACAACCUUUGGACGAAGAAGCAAUGCCCGAAGAAACCGUGGUAGAGGAAAUUGUGUCUCCUGAUGAUAAGACUAAGAUCACAAAGAAAACUAAGCGUGUUGUCAAAAAAAAGACGAUUAAAGAUAUUCCUGAAACUAAAGAUCUUGAACUGAAAGAACCGAAGUCAGAAGUAGAAGAAACACGGCUUGAUGAGGUACGUGAUUUACCAGAAGAAUCUGUUAUCAAAGAGGUUGUCCCAGAUGGUAGCAUCAAAACAAAACGAACAAAACGUGUUACCAAGAAGAAGACCAUCGGUGUGACUCGCGAAUUAUCAGAAAUGGAGCCCAAGGAACAGCAACCUAUUGUGGAAGAACCUGAUGACACAGCAAUGUUGGAUGACCUUCAAGAGCAAAAGAAACCUGAAGAAACUGAAGAGGGUCCUGAAGAAACGGUCACAGAAGAAAUCAUGAUGCCUGACGGUAAGACCAAACAAACAAGGAUCACAAAACGUACAAACAAAAAGAAAAAACUCAUAACACAACAAGACACACUUUCACCUACAGAACAUCAGCCAUCUACGGAUGAAACCGUGGAAGAGACGUACACGACACACGAACAAAUCACUUCACAGAAAGCACAAGAAAUCACUGACGUUUUCAAUACUGCUCAAACAACCAUUCCUCAAAUUUUAGAAGCUCCUGCAGAUACUUCUGAAACGACGCAACCUUUGGACGAAGAAGCAAUGCCCGAAGAAACCGUGGUAGAGGAAAUUGUGUCUCCUGAUGGUAAGACUAAGAUCACAAAGAAAACUAAGCGUGUUGUCAAAAAGAAGACGAUUAGAGAUAUUCCUGAAACUAAAGAUCUUGAACUGAAAGAACCGAAGUCAGAAGUGGAAGAAACACAGCCUGAUGAGGUAGAUGAUUUACCUGAAGUAACGGUUAUCGAAGAGGUUGCUCCAGAUGGUAGCAUCAAAAUCACAAAACGAACGAAACGAGUAACCAAGAAGAAGACCAUCGGUGUGACUCCAGAAUUAUCAGAAAAGGAGCCAAAGGAACAGCAACCUAUUGUGGAAGAACCUGACGACGCAGAAAAGUUGGAUGACCUUCAAGAGCAAAAGAAACCUGAAGAAACUGAAGAGGGUCCUGAAGAAACGGUCACAGAAGAAAUCAUGAUGCCUGAUGGUAAGAACAAACAAACAAAGAUCACAAAACGUACAGUCAAAAAGAAAAAAGUCAUAACACAACAAGACACACUUUCACCUACAGAACAUCAGCCAUCUACGGAUGAAACUGUGGAAGAGACGUACACGACACACGAACAAAUCACUACACAGAAAGCACAAGAAAUCACUGACGUUUUCGACACAGCUCAAACAACCAUUCCUCAAAUUUUAGAAGCUCCUGCAGAUACUUCUGAAACGACGCAACCUUUGGACAAAGAAGCAAUGCCCGAAGAAACCGUGGUAGAGGAAAUUGUGUCUCCUGAUGGUAAGACUAAGAUCACAAAGAAAACUAAGCGUGUUGUCAAAAAGAAGACGAUUAGAGAUAUUCCUGAAACUAAAGAUCUUGAACUGAAAGAACCGAAGUCAGAAGUGGAAGAAACACAGCCUGAUGAGGUAGAUGAUUUACCUGAAGUAACGGUUAUCGAAGAGGUUGCUCCAGAUGGUAGCAUAAAAAUCACAAAACGAACGAAACGAGUAACCAAGAAGAAGACCAUCGGUGUGACUCCAGAAUUAUCAGAAAAGGAGCCAAAGGAACAGCAACCUAUUGUGGAAGAACCUGACGACACAGAAAAGUUGGAUGACCUUCAAGAGCAAAAGAAACCUGAAGAAACUGAAGAGGGUCCUGAAGAAACGGUCACAGAAGAAAUCAUGAUGCCUGAUGGUAAGACCAAACAAACAAAGAUCACAAAACGUACAGUCAAAAAGAAAAAAGUCAUAACACAACAAGACACACUUUCACCUACAGAACAUCAGCCAUCUACGGAUGAAACCGUGGAAGAGACGUACACGACACACGAACAAAUCACUACACAGAAAGCACAAGAAAUCACUGACGUUUUCGACACAGCUCAAACAACCAUUCCUCAAAUUUUAGAAGCUCCUGCAGAUACUUCUGAAACGACGCAACCUUUGGACGAAGAAGCAAUGCCCGAAGAAACCGUGGUAGAGGAAAUUGUGUCUCCUGAUGGUAAGACUAAGAUCACAAAGAAAACUAAGCGUGUUGUCAAAAAGAAGACGAUUAGAGAUAUUCCUGAAACUAAAGAUCUUGAACUGAAAGAACCGAAGUCAGAAGUGGAAGAAACACAGCCUGAUGAGGUAGAUGAUUUACCUGAAGUAACGGUUAUCGAAGAGGUUGCUCCAGAUGGUAGCAUAAAAAUCACAAAACGAACGAAACGAGUAACCAAGAAGAAGACCAUCGGUGUGACUCCAGAAUUAUCAGAAAAGGAGCUAAAGGAACAGCAACCUAUUGUGGAAGAACCUGACGACACAGAAAAGUUGGAUGACCUUCAAGAGCAAAAGAAACCUGAAGAAACUGAAGAGGGUCCUGAAGAAACGGUCACAGAAGAAAUCAUGAUGCCUGAUGGUAAGACCAAACAAACAAAGAUCACAAAACGUACAGUCAAAAAGAAAAAAGUCAUAACACAACAAGACACACUUUCACCUACAGAAAAUCAGCCAUCUACGGAUGAAACCGUGGAAGAGACGUACACGACACACGAACAAAUCACUACACAGAAAGCACAAGAAAUCACUGACGUUUUCAAUACUGCUCAAACAACCAUUCCUCAAAUUUUAGAAGCUCCUGCAGAUACUUCUGAAACGACGCAACCUUUGGACGAAGAAGCAAUGCCCGAAGAAACCGUGGUAGAGGAAAUUGUGUCUCCUGAUGGUAAGACUAAGAUCACAAAGAAAACUAAGCGUGUUGUCAAAAAGAAGACGAUUAGAGAUAUUCCUGAAACUAAAGAUCUUGAACUGAAAGAACCGAAGUCAGAAGUGGAAGAAACACAGCCUGAUGAGGUAGAUGAUUUACCUGAAGUAACGGUUAUCGAAGAGGUUGCUCCAGAUGGUAGCAUAAAAAUCACAAAACGAACGAAACGAGUAACCAAGAAGAAGACCAUCGGUGUGACUCCAGAAUUAUCAGAAAAGGAGCCAAAGGAACAGCAACCUAUUGUGGAAGAACCUGACGACACAGAAAAGUUGGAUGACCUUCAAGAGCAAAAGAAACCUGAAGAAACUGAAGAGGGUCCUGAAGAAACGGUCACAGAAGAAAUCAUGAUGCCUGAUGGUAAGACCAAACAAACAAAGAUCACAAAACGUACAGUCAAAAAGAAAAAAGUCAUAACACAACAAGACACACUUUCACCUACAGAACAUCAGCCAUCUACGGAUGAAACUGUGGAAGAGACGUACACGACACACGAACAAAUCACUACACAGAAAGCACAAGAAAUCACUGACGUUUUCGACACAGCUCAAACAACCAUUCCUCAAAUUUUAGAAGCUCCUGCAGAUACUUCUGAAACGACGCAACCUUUGGACGAAGAAGCAAUGCCCGAAGAAACCGUGGUAGAGGAAAUUGUGUCUCCUGAUGGUAAGACUAAGAUCACAAAGAAAACUAAGCGUGUUGUCAAAAAGAAGACGAUUAGAGAUAUUCCUGAAACUAAAGAUCUUGAACUGAAAGAACCGAAGUCAGAAGUGGAAGAAACACAGCCUGAUGAGGUAGAUGAUUUACCUGAAGUAACGGUUAUCGAAGAGGUUGCUCCAGAUGGUAGCAUAAAAAUCACAAAACGAACGAAACGAGUAACCAAGAAGAAGACCAUCGGUGUGACUCCAGAAUUAUCAGAAAAGGAGCCAAAGGAACAGCAACCUAUUGUGGAAGAACCUGACGACACAGAAAAGUUGGAUGACCUUCAAGAGCAAAAGAAACCUGAAGAAACUGAAGAGGGUCCUGAAGAAACGGUCACAGAAGAAAUCAUGAUGCCUGAUGGUAAGACCAAACAAACAAAGAUCACAAAACGUACAGUCAAAAAGAAAAAAGUCAUAACACAACAAGACACACUUUCACCUACAGAACAUCUGCCAUCUACGGAUGAAACUGUGGAAGAGACGUACACGACACACGAACAAAUCACUACACAGAAAGCACAAGAAAUCACUGACGUUUUCGACACAGCUCAAACAACCAUUCCUCAAAUUUUAGAAGCUCCUGCAGAUACUUCUGAAACGACGCAACCUUUGGACGAAGAAGCAAUGCCCGAAGAAACCCUGGUAGAGGAAAUUGUGUCUCCUGAUGGUAAGACUAAGAUCACAAAGAAAACUAAGCGUGUUGUCAAAAAGAAGACGAUUAGAGAUAUUCCUGAAACUAAAGAUCUUGAACUGAAAGAACCGAAGUCAGAAGUGGAAGAAACACAGCCUGAUGAGGUAGAUGAUUUACCUGAAGUAACGGUUAUCGAAGAGGUUGCUCCAGAUGGUAGCAUAAAAAUCACAAAACGAACGAAACGAGUAACCAAGAAGAAGACCAUCGGUGUGACUCCAGAAUUAUCAGAAAAGGAGCCAAAGGAACAGCAACCUAUUGUGGAAGAACCUGACGACACAGAAAAGUUGGAUGACCUUCAAGAGCAAAAGAAACCUGAAGAAACUGAAGAGGGUCCUGAAGAAACGGUCACAGAAGAAAUCAUGAUGCCUGAUGGUAAGACCAAACAAACAAAGAUCACAAAACGUACAGUCAAAAAGAAAAAAGUCAUAACACAACAAGACACACUUUCACCUACAGAACAUCAGCCAUCUACGGAUGAAACUGUGGAAGAGACGUACACGACACACGAACAAAUCACUACACAGAAAGCACAAGAAAUCACUGACGUUUUCGACACAGCUCAAACAACCAUUCCUCAAAUUUUAGAAGCUCCUGCAGAUACUUCUGAAACGACGCAACCUUUGGACGAAGAAGCAAUGCCCGAAGAAACCCUGGUAGAGGAAAUUGUGUCUCCUGAUGGUAAGACUAAGAUCACAAAGAAAACUAAGCGUGUUGUCAAAAAGAAGACGAUUAGAGAUAUUCCUGAAACUAAAGAUCUUGAACUGAAAGAACCGAAGUCAGAAGUGGAAGAAACACAGCCUGAUGAGGUAGAUGAUUUACCUGAAGUAACGGUUAUCGAAGAGGUUGCUCCAGAUGGUAGCAUAAAAAUCACAAAACGAACGAAACGAGUCACCAAGAAGAAGACCAUCGGUGUGACUCCAGAAUUAUCAGAAAAGGAGCCAAAGGAACAGCAACCUAUUGUGGAAGAACCUGACGACACAGAAAAGUUGGAUGACCUUCAAGAGCAAAAGAAACCUGAAGAAACUGAAAAAGGUCCUGAGGAAACGGUGACAGAAGAAAUCAUGAUGCCUGAUGGUAAGUCCAAACAAACAAAGAUCACAAAACGUACAGUCAAAAAGAAAAAAGUCAUAACACAACAAGACACACUUUCACCUACAGAAAAUCAGCCAUCUACGGAUGAAACCGUGGAAGAGACGUACACGACACACGAACAAAUCACUACACAGAAAGCACAAGAAAUCACUGACGUUUUCAAUACUGCUCAAACAACCAUUCCUCAAAUUUUAGAAGCUCCUGCAGAUACUUCUGAAACGACGCAACCUUUGGACGAAGAAGCAAUGCCCGAAGAAACCGUGGUAGAGGAAAUUGUGUCUCCUGAUGGUAAGACUAAGAUCACAAAGAAAACUAAGCGUGUUAUCAAAAAGAAGACGAUUAGAGAUAUUCCUGAAACUAAAGAUCUUGAACUGAAAGAACCGAAGUCAGAAGUGGAAGAAACACAGCCUGAUGAGGUAGAUGAUUUACCUGAAGUAACGGUUAUCGAAGAGGUUGCUCCAGAUGGUAGCAUAAAAAUCACAAAACGAACGAAACGAGUAACCAAGAAGAAGACCAUCGGUGUGACUCCAGAAUUAUCAGAAAAGGAGCCAAAGGAACAGCAACCUAUUGUGGAAGAACCUGACGACACAGAAAAGUUGGAUAACCUUCAAGAGCAAAAGAAACCUGAAGAAACUGAAGAGGGACCUGAAGAAACGGUCACAGAAGAAAUCAUGAUGCCUUCAGGUAAGACCAAACAAACAAAGAUCACAAAACGUACAGUCAAAACGAAAAAAGUCAUAACACAACAAGACACACUUUCACCUACAGAACAUCUGCCAUCUACGGAUGAAACCGUGGAAGAGACGUACACGACACACGAACAAUUCACUACACAGAAAGCACAAGAAAUCACUGACGUUUUCGACACAGCUCAAACAACCAUUCCUCAAAUUUUAGAAGCUCCUGCAGAUAUUUCUGAAACGACGCAACCUUUGGACGAAGAAGCAAUGCCCGAAGAAACCCUGGUAGAGGAAAUUGUGUCUCCUGAUGGUAAGACUAAGAUCACAAAGAAAACUAAGCGUGUUGUCAAAAAGAAGACGAUUAGAGAUAUUCCUGAAACUAAAGAUCUUGAACUGAAAGAACCGAAGUCAGAAGUGGAAGAAACACAGCCUGAUGAGGUAGAUGAUUUACCUGAAGUAACGGUUAUCGAAGAGGUUGCUCCAGAUGGUAGCAUAAAAAUAACAAAACGAACGAAACGAGUAACCAAGAAGAAGACCAUCGGUGUGACUCCAAAAUUAUCAGAAAAGGAGCCAAAGGAACAGCAACCUAUUGUGGAAGAACCCGACGACACAGACAAGUUGGAUGAUCUGCAAGAGCAAAAUAAACCCGGAGAAACUGAAGAGGGUCCUGAGGAAACGGUGAUAGAAGAAAUCAUGAUGCCUGACGGUAAGACCAAACAAACAAAGAUCACAAAACGUACAGUCAAAAAGAAAAAAGUCAUAACACAACAAGACACACUUUCACCUACAGAACAUCAGCCAUCCACGGAUGAAACCGUGGAAGAGACAUACACGACACACGAACAAAUCACUACACAGAAAGCACAAGAAAUCACUGACGUUUUCGACACUGCUAAAACAACAAUUCCUCAUAUUUUAGAAGCUCCUGCAGAUACUUUUGAAACGACGCAACCUUUGGACGUAGAAGCACUGCCCGAAGAAACCGUGGUAGAGGAAAUUGUGUCUCCUGAUGGUAAGACUAAGAUCACAAAGAAAACUAGGCGUGUUGUCAAAAAGAAGACGAUUGGAGAUAUUUCUGAAACUAAAGAUCUUGAACUGAAAGAACCGAAGUCAGAAGUGGAAAAAACACAGCCUGAUGAGGUAGAUGAUAUACCUGAAGUAACGGUUAUCGAAGAGGUUGCUCCAGAUGGUAGCAUCAAAAUCACAAAACGAACAAAACGAGUAACCAAGAAGAAGACCAUCGGUGUGACUCCAGAAUUACCUGAAAUGGAGCCCAAGGAACAGCAACCUUUUGUGGAAGAACCUGACGACACAGAAAAGUUGGAUGACCUUCAAGAGCAAAAGAAACCUGAAGAAACUGAAGAGGGUCCUGAAGAAACGGUCACAGAAGAAAUCAUGAUGCCUGAUGAAGCUCCUGCAGAUACUUUUGAAACGACGCAACCUUUGGACGAAGAAGCACUGCCCGAAGAAUCCGUGGUAGAGGAAAUUGUGUCUCCUGAUGGUAAGACUAAGAUCACAAAGAAAACUAAGCGUGUUGUCAAAAAGAAGACGAUUGGAGAUAUUUCUGAAACUAAAGAUCUUGAACUGAAAGAACCGAAGUCAGAAGUGGAAAAAACACAGCCUGAUGAGGUAGAUGAUUUACCUGAAGUAACGGUUAUCGAAGAGGUUGCUCCAGAUGGUAGCAUCAAAAUCACAAAACGAACAAAACGAGUAACCAAGAAGACCAUCGGUGUGACUCCAGAAUUACCUGAAAUGGAGCCCAAGGAACAGCAACCUAUUGUGGAAGAACUUGACGACACAGAAAAGUUGGAUGACCUUCAAGAGCAAAAGAAACCUGAAGAAACUGAAGAGGGUCCUGAAGAAACGGUCACAGAAGAAAUCAUGAUGCCUGAUGGUAAGACCAAACAAACAAAGAUCACAAAACGUACAGUCAAAAAGAAAAAAGUCAUAACACAACAAGACACACUUUCACCUACAGAACAUCAGCCAUCUACGGAUGAAACCGUGGAAGAGACGUACACGACACACGAACAAAUCACUACACAGAAAGCACAAGAAAUCACUGACGUUUUCGACACUGCUCAAAAAACCAUUCCUCAAAUUUUAGAAGCUCCUGCAGAUACUUCUGAAACGACGCAACCUUUGGACGAAGAAGCAAUGCCCGAAGAAACCGUGGUAGAGGAAAUUGUGUCUCCUGAUGGUAAGACUAAGAUCACAAAGAAAACUAAGCGUGUUGUCAAAAAGAAGUCGGCUAAAGAUAUUCCUGAAACAAUGGUUCUUGAACUGAAAGAACGGAAGUCAGAAGUGGAAGCAACACAGCCUGAUGAGGUAGAUGAUUUACCAGAAGUGACGGUUAUCGAAGAGGUUGCUCCAGAUGGUAGCAUCAAAAUCACAAAACGAACAAAACGAGUAACCAAGAAGAAGACCAUCGGUGUGACUCCAGAAUUACCUGAAAUGGAGCCCAAGGAAAAGCAACCUAUUGUGGAAGAACCUGACGACACAGAAAAGUUGGAUGACCUUCAAGAGCAAAAGAAACCUGAAGAAACUGAAGAGGGUCCUGAAGAAACGGUCACAGAAGAAAUCAUGAUGCCUGAUGGUAAGACCAAACAAACAAAGAUCACAAAACGUACAGUCAAAACGAAAAAAGUCAUAACACAACAAGACACACUUUCACCUACAGAACAUCAGCCAUCUACGGAUGAAACCGUGGAUGAGACGUACACGACACACGAACAAUUCACUACACAGAAAGCACAAGAAAUCACUGACGUUUUCGACACUGCUCAAACAACCAUUCCUCAAAUUUUAGAAGCUCCUGCAGAUACUUCUGAAAUGAAGCAAAAUUUGGACGAAGAAGCAAUGCCCGAAGAAACCGUGGUAGAGGAAAUUGUGUCUCCUGAUGGUAAGACUAAGAUCACAAAGAAAACUAAGCGUGUUAUCAAAAAGAAGACGAUUGGAGAUAUUCCUGAAACUAAAGAUCUUGAACUGAAAGAACCGAAGUCAGAAGUGGAAAAAACACAGCCUGAUGAGGUAGAUGAUUUACCUGAAGUAACGGUUAUCGAAGAGGUUGCUCCAGAUGGUAGCAUCAAAAUCACAAAACGAACAAAACGAGUAACCAAGAAGAAGACCAUCGGUGUGACUCCAGAAUUACCUGAAAUGGAGCCCAAGGAACAGCAACCUAUUGUGGAAGAACCUGACGACACAGACAAGUUGGAUGACCUUCAAGAGCAAAAGAAACCUGAAGAAACCGAAGAGGGUCCUGAAGAAACGGUCACAGAAGAAAUCAUGAUGCCUGAUGGUAAGACCAAACAAACAAAGAUCACAAAACGUACAGUCAAAACGAAAAAAGUCAUAACACAACAAGACACACUUUCACCUACAGAACAUCAGCCAUCUACGGAUGAAACCGUGGAAGAGACGUACACGACACACGAACAAUUCACUACACAGAAAGCACAAGAAAUCACUGACGCUUUCGACACUGCUCAAACAACCAUUCCUCAAAUUUUAGAAGCUCCUGCAAAUACUUCUAAAACGACGCAACCUUUGGACGAAGAAGCACUGCCCGAAGAAACCGUGGUAGAGGAAAUUGUGUCUCCUGAUGGUAAGACUAAGAUCACAAAGAAAACUGAGCGUCUUAUCAAAAAGAAGACGAUUGGAGAUAUUCCUGCAACUAAAGAUCUUGAACUGAAAGAACCGAAGUCAGAAGUGGAAGAAACACAGCCUGAUGAGGUAGAUGAUUUACCUGAAGUAACGGUUAUCGAAGAGGUUUCUCCAGAUGGUAGCAUCAAAAUCACAAAACGAACAAAACGAGUAACCAAGACGAAGACCAUCGGUGUGGCUCCGGAAUUAUUAGAUAAGGAGCCCAAGGAACAGCAACCUAUUGUGGAAGAACCUGACGACACAGAAAAGUUGGAUGACCUUCAAGAGCAAAAGAAACCUGAAGAAACUGAUGAGGGUCCUGAAGAAACGGUAACAGAAGAAAUCAUGAUGCCUGAUGGUAAGACCAAACAAACAAAGAUCACAAAACGUACAGUCAAAAAGAAAAAAGUCAUAACACAACAAGACACACUUUCACCUAAAGAACAUCAGCCAUCUACGGAUGAAACUGUGGAAGAGACGUACACGACACACGAACAAAUCACUACACAGAAAGCACAAGAAAUCACUGACGUUUUCGACACAGCUCAAACAACCAUUCCUCAAAUUUUAGAAGCUCCUGCAGAUACUUCUGAAACGAAGCAACCUUUGGACGAAGAAGCAAUGCCCGAAGAAACCGUGGUAGAGGAAAUUUUGUCUCCCGAUGGUAAUACUAAGAUCACAAAGAAAACUAAGCGUGUUAUCAAAAAGAAGACGAUUGGAGAUAUUCCUGAAACUAAAGAACUUGAACUGCAAGAACCGAAGUCAGAAGUGGAAGAAACACAGCCUGAUGAGGUAGAUGAUUUACCUGAAGUAACGGUUAUCGAAGAAGUUGCUCCAGAGGGUAGCAUCAAAAUCACAAAACGAACGAAACGAGUAACCAAGAAGAAGACCAUCGGUGUGACUCCAGAAUUACUUGAAAUUGAGCCCAAGGAACAGCAACCUAUUGUGGAAGAACUUGACGACACAGAAAAGUCAGACGAUCUGCAAGAGCAAAAGAAACCUGAAGAAACUGAAAAAGGUCCUGAGGAAACGGUGACAGAAGAAAUCAUGAUGCCUGACGGUAAGACCAAACAAACAAAGAUGCCAAAACGUACAGUCAAAAAGAAAAAAGUCAUAACACAACAAGACACACUUUCACCUACAGAACAUCAGCCAUCCACGGAUGAAACCGUGGAAGAGACAUACACGACACACGAACAAAUUACUACACAGAAAGCACAAGAAAUCACUGACGUUUUCGACACUGCCCAAACAACCAUUCUUCAAAUUUUAGAUGCUCCUGCAGAUACUUCUGAAACGACGCAACCUUUGGACGAAGAAGCAAUGCCCGAAGAAACCGUGGUAGAGGAAAUUAUGUCUCCAGAUGGUAAGAAUAGGAUCACAAAGGAAACUAAGCGUGUUGUCAAAAAGAAGACGAUUGGAGAUAUUCUUGAAACUAAAGCUCUUGAACUGAAAGAACCGAAAUCAAAAGUGGAAGAAACACAGCCUGAUGAGGUACGUGAUUUACCAGAAGAAACUGUAAUCGAAGAGGUUUCCCCAGGUGGUAGCAUCAAAACAACAAAACGAAUAAAACGUGUAACUAAGAAGAAUACCAUCGGUGUGACUCCAGAAUUGUCAGAAAUGGAGCCCAAGGAACAGCGACCUAUUGUGGAAGAACCUGACGACACAGAAAAGUUGGAUGAUCUGCAAGAGCAGAAGAACCCUGAAGAAACUGAAGAGGGUCCUGAGGAAACGGUGACAGAAGAAAUGAUGAUGCCCGACGGUAAGACCAAACAAACAAAGAUCACAAAACGUACAGUCAAAAAGAAAAAAGCCAUAACACAACAAGACACACUUUCACCUACAGAACAUCAGCCAUCCACGGAUGUAACCGUGGAAGAGACGUACACGACACAAGAACAAAUCACUACACAGAAAGCACAAGAAAUCACUGACGUUUUUGACACUGCCAAAACAACCAUUCCUCAAAUUUUAGAAGCUCCUGCAGAUACUUCUGAAACGACGCAACCUUUGGACGAAGAAGCAAUGCCUGUAGAAACCGUGGUGGAGGAAAUUGUGUCUCCAGAUGGUAAGACUAAGAUCACAAAGAAAACUAAGCGUGUUGUCAAAAAGAAGACGAUUGGAGAUAUUCCUGAAACUAAAGAUCUUGAACUGAAAGAACCGAAGUCAGAAGUGGAAGAAACACAGCCUGAUGAGGUAGAUGAUUUACCUGAAGUAACGGUUAUCGAAGAGGUUGCUCCAGAUGGUAGCAUCAAAAUCACAAAACGAACAAAACGAGUAACCAAGAAGAAGACCAUCGGUGUGACUCCAGAAUUACCUGAAAUGGAGCCCAAGGAACAGCGACCUAUUGUGGAAGAACCUGACGACACAGAAAAGUUAGAUGAUCUGCAAGAGCAGAAGAAACCUGAAGAAACUGAAGAGGGUCGUGAGGAAACGGUGACAGAAGAAAUCAUGAUGCCUGACGAUGUUCCUGCAGAUACUUUUGAAACGACGCAACCUUUGGACGAAGAAGCAAUGCCCGAAGAAACCGUGGUAGAGGAAAUUGUGUCUCCAGAUGGUAAGACAAAGAUCACAAAGAAAACUAAGCGUGUUGUCAAAAAGAAGACGAUUAGUGAUAUUCCUGAAACUAAAGAUCUUGAACUGAAAGAACCGAAGUCAGAAGUGGAAGAAACACAGCCUGAUGUGGUAGAUGAUUUACCUGAAGAGUCUGUGAUAGAAGAAAUUAUGAUGCCUGACGGUAAGAUCAAACAAACAAAGAUCACGAAACAAACAUUCGAAAAUAGAAAAGUAAUUACACCACAAGAUACACAUACACCUACAGAACAACAGCCUUCCACGGAUGAAUACGUGGAGGAGACUUACACCACACAAGAACAGAUCACUUCACAGAAAGUACAACUUAUCACUGACAUUUUCGACACUACCCAAACAACCAUUCCUCAAAUUUUAGAAGCUCCUGCAGAUACUUCCGAAAUGACAUACAUGACUCAAGAACAAAUCACUACACAGAAAGCACAAGAAAUCACUGACGUUUUUGACACUGCCAAAAAACCGAAGUCAGAAGUAGAAGAAACACAGCCGGAUGAGGUACGUGAUUUACCAGAAAAAACUGUAAUCGAAGAGGUUUCCCCAGAUGUUAGCAUCAAAACAACAAAACGAACAAAACGUGUAACCAAGAAGAAGACCAUCGGUGUGACUCCAGAAUUAUCAGAAAUGGAGCCCAAGGAACAGCGACCUAUUGUGGAAGAACCUGACGACAAAGAAAAGUUGGAUGAUCUGCCAGAGCAGAAGAAACCUGAAGAAACUGAAGAGGGUCCUGAGGAAACGGUGACAGAAGAAAUCAUGAUUCCUGACGGUAAGACCAAACAAACAAAGAUCACAAAACGUACAGUCACAAAGAAAAAAGUCAUAACACAACAAGACACACUUACACCUACAGAAGAACAGCCUUCCACGGAUGAAAUCGUGGAACAACUCACUACACAGAAAGCACAAGACGUCACUGACAUUCUCGACACUGCCCAGACCGCCAUUCCUCAAGUAUUAGAAUCUCUCGCAGAUACUUUUAAUACGACGAAACUUUGGGACGAUAAAGAAAUGCCUGAAGAUACUGUUGUCGAGGAAAUCGUGUCUCCAGAUGGCAAAACUAAGAUCACAAAGAAAACUAAGAGUGUUGUCAAAAAGAAGACGGUUAAAGAUAUUCCUGAAUCUUUAUAUCUUGAACUGAAAGAGCCGAAGUCAGAAGUGGAAGAAACGCUACCUGAUGAUGUAGAAGACCUGCCAGAGGAGUCUGUAAUCCAAGAGACAACCCCGGAUGGAAGCAUCAAAAUUACACGAACAAAACGUGUAACCAAGAAAAAGACCAUCGGUGUGACUCCGGAAUUAUCAGAAAAGGAGGCCACGGAAGAGCAACCAAUUAUAGAAGAACCUGACGACACAAAAAAGUUGGAUGAUCUGCAAGAGCAACAGAAACCAGAAGAAAUCGAAGAGGCUCCUGAGGAAACGGUGACAGAAGAAAUCAUGAUGCCUGAUGAUGUUUCUGAAACCCCAAAACCCAGUGAAGAUAAUAAGAAGUCAGAAGAUUCACAAAAAGAGACCAUUGUUGGGAAAACUGUAACUAAAGUGAAAAAAGGUGUCGUCAAAAAGAAAGGUGAUGAAUCAGCGAAUUUGGAAGUGGAUAAUGAAGAAAUUAAACCAGUGUCGUACGAAUUGAGACCAGAAGAAAACGAUGAGCUAGUGAUGAACGAAGAAAUUUUCAGGCCCGAAGAUAUUACUGUCAACUACACAUCUCCAAAAUCAUCUGAUACAGAAAUUUGUGAAGAAAUAAUUACUAAGUUCGUUAAGGGUCCUGGUGACAUGGAACCUAAACAAGUGAAAACGAAGCGAACUAUACUGAAAAAGAAAAAGAAACCCAAACAUGAAUAUGAUGACAUGGGUGAUAUUGUUAUAGAGGAAAAUAUAGACAACGAAAACGAAAUUCCUAAGAAUGCAGCUAUUAGUCAUGAUGUAAAUAUUGUUGAGUAUGAAGGUGAGGACACAAUUGAGUAUCCCAAUGUAUAUCAAACGACUAUCGAAUUGCCCGAUGACACAAUGGAAAUACCUGAACACCCGAGACAAGUACAAAUCGAAGAAAUGGUUGACAGUGAUAAUGAGAAGCCCAUUGAAAUUUCAAGCGAUAAACCUUAUAAGCAGGCCGAAUCUCUUAAACCCCGAGGUGACGAGAAAGAUGAAGACUCACCUGAAAAGAAAGAUGAACCUGAAAAGAAAUUUACCAAAAAAUUGAAGCUAACUCCUCAAAAUAUUGAACAUGUGUCUAUGAAGUUGAGUGAACCACAGCAUGCGGAGCCACAGUUUGCUAAAUUGAAGUUAAAGAAACCAACUGUUAGAGAACCAAAACCAGAAACAAAAACAACUACUUUCCCAAAAAUUCAAUUGAAAAGUCGUAUAAAAUUAAUAACCGAUUGGCCACCAGAAGAAAUGAAACCUAUUAUUACAUUUAUGGGAAGUGUUAGACAAAAUGGUGAAUUAUCUAGAAAUAUCAAAGAAGCAGCCAAAAUAAAGAAAAAGCCCAUAAAAGUAAAGGAGCCCGAAGCAAUACACACAGAUUUAGAAAAACCAGAACAAUUCGAAUUCACAAAAGAAAUAGUGGAACCUGAACCUGUGGGUCAACUUGUAGAAGAAAAAGAACCUGAAAAUGAGUAUGUAGAGAUUCCAAAAAUAGAUAAAACAAAGUCUUCUGAUACAAAAGACGCCGAAAGUACUCCUAGUGAUAAAAAGAAAAAACUUAAACCCUUAAAAAUUGAACGUAAAACAAUGGAUAUUGAUAAACCUCAAUACAUAGAAGAAGUUAGUGGCCCAGAAUUUUUAAAACCAAAGUUAAAGAAACCUGUCGUCAAGCCUAAACAAGAUACAACGCCUGUUUCAAUACCGAAAAUUCAACUAAAAAGUCGCAUUAACUAUGUGACUGAUUGGCCAUCAAAUAUAAUAAUGCCACAAAUAACAAUACUUAAUAGUGUAAGGCAAAAUGGUGAGCUAUCCCGAAAUAUAACAGAGGCAAGAAAAAUAAAGAAAAAGAAACUUGUUCUAGAAAAGUUACCCGAUAUAGAAAAAACUGAGCUAGAAAAACCAAUGUUUACAUCUGAAGACAUACUUCAAUCCAAAGUGCCCUCUAAAGCUGAAACAGAGGAAGAACCUUCGCAUCCCGAAGAGGAAAAACCUGUUGUUAAAGAAACAAGGAAGAGAGAAAGAAAGCAGAAGCAAAGCGAAGAAGUUGAUGUAAUUGAAUCAAAAACAACUUUGAAAGAAGAACAACCAACCCAGUUAGAUGAAAAAGAAGAAGAAAUUCCAAAACAAGAAGAGAUUCCGGAACCAGAAGAAGUUCCAGAACAAGAAGAAAUUCUAGAACAAUUUACUAUAACUCCACGGCGACCGAGUGUUAAGAAAAUAAACGAAGAAGUUGAAGUUGAUGAAGUUACUAUUAAGAAAAAGCUAAAACCAAUUCGAAAAUCGUCAAUUACGCUCCCAGAAGUGACUGAACCAGAGAAUGUAAUUUUCAGACCAAAACGAACUAAAACAAAAGAAGAUGUUGAACAAGAAUUUAAUAUUCAACUUGAUUCCUAUGCGGAGGAAGAGAUCUCGAUGUCAAGUAAGGUCAAAUUAAAACCUCAGAGACAACCAACCUUUAACGAAGAAAAUGAUGAAACUUCUAUAAAAUUCUUUGAAGAAAAAGAAGAUGAAAAUAAUGUAAUUGAAAUAAUAGACAGUGACGUAGAUGUUGAUGAAAAUAUUAAUGUAUCCAUCAAAAAACCUAUCAAAAAGAAAAAGCCCGUUGAAGAUAUAACCACCGACAUAACGAUGCGUAAACCAACGGACAAAAAAGAAGAAAUGAUUGAGAAUGUUAAUUUAAUUUUGAAUGAAAAGAAAGUUAAUGAAGAACAAGAAAUAAGCUUUGACGUCAAGGCUCGCAUUGAAACAUCUAGUCAAGAAAAUACAUUAUUAUCUAGCAAAAUUAAACUAAAACCAAAGAAAAAGUUCAUUACGUCUGAAGAUGGCGAUGAAACAUCAAUAACAGUAGAAAAGAUAGUUGAAGAUGACUCUCAAGCUGAAGAGAUAGUGAUAAGUGAAGCUGAGUCUGAAGAAAAUGUUCAAAUGGUUAUUAAAAGAAAACCCAAAACAUCUAACUACGAAAUAAGUGACAUUGAAGAGUUUAGCUAUGAAGUAAAACCCAAGAAGAAAGACAGCGACAUUUAUGAAGAAGAAAAAGUAACUAUAUCAACUAAACCGCAAAAGAAACCGACACAACUUCUAGAAGCCGAGGCUUCCAUGAGUAUAUCAAAAGAGCACGAAUUCCCAGAUACACCAGUAAGCGUUCGCUGUGGAGAUACUGUAUUUGCGGUCUACUCGUACGUCGCUGAAACAGACGAAGCCAUUAACUUGGUAGAGGGUGAACGUCUGUACAUUCUAGAAACAACAAAUCAGGACUGGUGGUUUGUGCGGAAACACCUCACGGAAGAAAAAGGCUGGGUGCCUGCGCAGUAUCUGAUGGAUGAAGCUAAUUACACUCUUUAUCUUCAGAAGAAAUUAAAUGAAAAAAUUGACAAGCUUCCUGUCUUUGAAAAACCGACGCCAGAAGAGCAAGCAAUCGCUCCUAUAUUUACUGAAAAAUUAAGACCCAAGCAUACUCCGGAUGGUUCCACAGUACAAUUCGAGUGUCAAGUAGAGGGCUAUCCUAGGCCACAGAUAACUUGGUUCAGGCAAACUGCUAUAAUAAAACCUUCACAAGAUUUCCAAAUGUAUUACGACGACGAUAAUGUGGCUACCUUAAUCAUACGAGAAGUGUUUCCAGAAGAUGCUGGAACUUUCACUUGUGUAGCCAAGAACGCUGCAGGCUUCGCUUCAAGUACAACUGAACUUAUUGUGGAGGCCCCCCUUUCUGAUCACGGUUCUGAAAUGACUUACCUUUCAAGAAAGAGUUUAUCGAGAGAAUCAUCUUUAGCUGACAUAUUAGAAGGCAUUCCACCUACAUUUUCCAAACGUCCUAAAGCACAGUACGUUGAUGAAGGUUCUGAAAUAUUCUUGGAAUGUAGAUUAGUUGCUAUUCCGGAACCUGAUAUUGUAUGGUUCUUCAAGGGUGAAGAAAUUGUAACGAAUGAAAAUGUUACAGUUAUCACUGAAUCAGAUAUGCACAUGUAUUGUAGCGUUCUUAAAAUAUCAGAUGUCAAAAAGUUACAGGAAGGUACGUACACAGUGUUAGCCGUCAACAGAGAAGGUGAAGCUAGUUUACCGAUUGUGCUAAAGAUCAAAACAGGUGAAAAGGAAAAACCUCAAGUAAUAGAGCCUUUAAAGAAUCUUACGGUAAGAGAGGGAGAAAGUUUUGUUCUUACAACGCAAGUCGUUGGAAAUCCUGUGCCAGAAGUUUCUUGGUUUAAAAAUAAUAAGCCCAUCAAAUCUUUACCUCAAAAAUCUGAUGGUGAUACACAUUCUAUAACUAUCCUCAAACCAAAGAAAGGUAAAGAUGAUGGUGUGUACACUCUUAAAGCUAUUAAUAGUGAAGGGACAACUGAGACCAGAGCUGUUAUUACGAUUGAAGAACCAACUGAAGAAAAUGCUGAGCCACCAUUAUUUAUUAACAGAUUCCAAGAAAUUACAGUGAAAGAAAAGGGAACAGUAACAUUAAGAGCAAAAGUUACUGGAAAUCCAGUUCCAAUUAUUACUUGGUAUAGGAACAAUGAAAUAAUUUCCCCUUCGGAAACGGUGAUACAAAUGUUUGACGGUGAAAAUAUAACUCUUACCAUUGCCAACGUUGAUUCCGAAAUAGAUUCGGGAGACUACAAAUGUGUUGCUUCGAAUAGUGCCGGUAAAGCUUCACACGGUGCACGAGUAACCAUUGACGUAGAUAAGGUGACAUUUGUUAAGCAAUUGAAAAAGAAAUAUGAAGCUGAAGAGGGGCAAGUCGUUGUUCUUGAAUGUGAAACCUCCCAUACUGUAUCUACUAAAUGGUACCACAACAACAAAGAACUGAGUGGCAUGGAUCACAGAGAGAUAAUUCAAGAGGGACGUGUUCAUAAACUCAGAGUAAAGAAAUCAAAAUUAACAGAUAAUGGUACUGUUAAAUGUGUAGUCAAAGAUCAAGAAACUAGUAGCAGCUUGAUAGUGUACGAAACUACUCCAGAAUUUGUGAGAAAACUACAAGAUUGCGAGGUAAAGGAAAAAGACAUUGCUAUAUUAGAAGUUGAAGUUAAUUCUGAAACUGCUGACGUGGUUUGGAAAAAAGAUGGUGAAAUAAUUAAACCUAAGAAAAAUAAGUAUGAGCUUGAAAAACGCGGCAAUGUCAGGAAACUAUUUAUUCGCAAUACAUCGGUUCAUGAUGAAGGUGAAUACGCAUGCAAGUUACGUGAUGACGAAUGUACUGCUGAAGUAACAGUUGUGGAGCUUCCACCAGAAAUUAUAUCAAGACUGCAGGAUCAACGGGUUAGUAAAGGAAAUAAGGCAACAUUUGAAAUUGAGUUAACUAAGGGUGACGCUUUAGUGCGAUGGUUUAAAGAUAAUACGGAAAUUCAGUUCUCAAAUCAUAUCCAAUUAACUAUAGAUGGUAAAAAACAAAAGUUGAAGAUUUAUGAUUGUGAUGAAAAAGAUGCAGGUGAAUAUGCUUGUGAAGUCGGUAGUGAAAGAUGCACGGCCAAACUUACUGUCGAUGAACCAUCUAUAGAUUUUGCACUACGACUACCAGAAGUUAUCACUGUAUUAGCCAGCAACGAUGCAUACUUAACUGUUGAGGUACCUGACGAAAGUCUCGAUGUAAUUUGGUUCAAAAAGAAGACAAGCAUUACUGAAACAGAAAAGUAUACCUUGAUAACCGAUGGUUGCAAACGUACACUUAUAAUACGCAAGUGUUCUGAAGAAGACCAAUGUGAUUAUUCUUGCGUGUUACUCGAUGCCAAGACGUCAACUAAAUUAAAAGUAAACGUGAUAGAGUUUGCACCUAGGAUACUGGACCACCAAAAGGACUAUAAGGUAGCAAGAGGUAAUGACGUGACUAUAACUGUCCAUUAUGAAGCUAAUCCGCAGCCAAAUGAUGAAUGGGUGGUUAAUUCCAAAAUUAUUAAAAGAAGUAAACACACAAAACCUUCAAUUGAUUCAAAGCAUGCCAGUUUAACUAUCAAGAAAAUUGAACAUUCUGAUGUAGGAUCAUAUAAAUUAAAACUUGAAAAUAACUGCGGAAGUGCCGAAGUAGAAAUCAAUGUUAUUAUUAUGGACAUUCCUUCGCCACCAGGAAAACCAAACGUCCUUGAAACUAAUGAUACAUCUGUCAACAUAUUCUGGUCAGAACCUGUUAACGAUGGAAAUUCAAAGAUUCUUAGUUAUAUCGUUGAAUAUCAAGAACAAAAUAUGACAGAAUGGAUCUCGAUUGAAAAUGUUACUAAAGCCCAACAUUCAGUCGAAAAAUUGAAAACAAAGUCCUUAUAUAGAUUCCGCGUCUUUGCUGUUAAUGAGAUUGGCGUAAGUGAGGCAUCAGAAUUAACAGAAUAUAUUUUAGUCAAAAAAAUAACUGAAGGUCAUGCACCCACUAUUGAAAAACCCCUCAAAGAUGUAAUUGGCGAACCAAAUGAAAAUAUUGAGUUGAAUUGUAUAUUUGGAGGUAUACCUGAACCUAAGGUGUCAUGGUUUAAGAAUAACAAACAAUUAAAGACAGCUAAGGCUGUAUAUAUUAAUAGAGUAGCCACUUUAGUUGUAUCUGUGAGUGAAACUGCUGAAGGUACUUACACUUGUAAAGCUACGAAUGAACAUGGUGAAAUUGAAACCUCUUGUACAUUAGAAAUUCGCCAGAAGCCUAUUAUAACUGUAUCUCCAGAUGAAAUUGAUCAAAGGCAUAAAAUUAAUGAAGAUUGGCAAGUUACUGCUAGUGUAGUAGGAAUACCGAAACCAGAUAUAGUAUGGUAUAAAAAUGGAGUUGUUGUUAAAGAUGAGCAAAAUGUAGAAAUAAGAUCGGAAGAAAAUGUAAGCAUAAUAAGGAUAAAGCUUUUAGAGAGAUCUCAUAGUGGAAAGUACUCUAUUGAAGCCAGCAAUAAAGCAGGGACAACUUCACAAGAAGUAACCCUCAGAGUUUACGAUGACACUAUACGGCGGCGAAAGUCUAAAUCUCCGGGCGAAGAGUUUCUGGAUAAACCUAGUAAGCCUGAAGGUCCAGUAAUAAUGAAAGAAAUCACAAAAGAUUCCGUUACAAUUGAGUGGAAACCACCAAUAGAUGAUGGUGGUUUGGAAUUAACGAAAUAUGCAAUUGAAAAACAUGAACCUGAUACGAAUAAGUGGGUUAAAGUGGCUGAUGUCGACAAAGAUGUCGAAUCAUAUUCUAUUCAGAAACUAAAUGAACACAACGAAUACAUGUUUAGAAUUAUGGCUCAAAAUCCUGUUGGAAUAUCUGAGCCUUUAGAAAGUGAACCAAUUAUAAUUAAGACUGCUUUAGACGUACCAUCACCACCGUUGGGACCUUUAGGCUUGUAUGGCAUUAACAACGACUCCCUUACAAUCACUUGGUUCCCAUCAGAAAGGAAUGGAGGAUCAGCUAUUUUGGACUACUCCGUAUAUAUCAACAAAGAUAAUACAAAAUGGGUGCAUGCGACAACAGUAUCUGACACUUCUGCGAGGAUCGAUGCGCUUAUUGCUAAGUCUAUAUAUCAGUUCAGAAUAUACGCUAGAAACGAAAUCGGCACAAGUUCGCCGUACGAGUCAGAUGAGAAAGUCACUAUUGGAAAGACGCUAACACCUCCAUCGCAGCCAAGACAAUUUAAGGUAAAGGAAAUGACGUCCCGAUCAGUCACUUUACAAUGGACUGCGCCAGAAAGUGACGGUGGAAGCGUCAUCACAAAUUACAUUAUAGAGUACAAGACUGUUAAAGGAAAGACUUGGUCGAAGAUGAUUACCGUUGGUGGAUCAACCUUCGAACAUUGUAUUGAGAAUAUUAAGGAGAAGGAUGAAAUAAUAUUUAGGAUAUCAGCAGAAAACGCAAUUGGCGUUAGUCUGCCGACCGAAUCACAAACUGUGCGAUUAGAGAAGCAUGCAACCGUUCCAUCCCCGCCAACCGGUCCAUUAGAAGUGAGAAUGGUCGGUAAUAAUAUAGUGACCACAUCGUGGGGAACACCAGAAUGGGACGGUGGUGCACCGCUCCUAGGUUAUAACAUCGCCAUUCGUGAUGUCACCAAAACGAUGUGGAUGGAAGUCGGAAAGGUCGACGUCCACAAUCUCAAAUUCAACAUCCGAGAUCUGAAUGAGAACCACACGUAUAUGAUAAGAAUAUUCGCGAGGAACGAAAUUGGUAUGAGUGAGCCGCUCGAGUCCGAUGAACCAUUCAAGGUCAUACCGAGCACAGAUUCACAAGCAGACGAGGAGCCCGGUGAGCACACGGAGCUGACAGAGCCCACGUCGUUCUCACAAACGACCACCUCCUGGCUGAGGGAACACAACAUGGAUGCGGACAUUCGAUCCUACGCCAGAGGCUCCCUGCUGCGACGAGACGAAUACUUCUUUAGAAUAUGGCUUUACGCGAAGCAACUGUUCAAGUGAUCGUGAACGAUACCAAAAAACUGACCUGUGAUAUUACUAAAAAGUGAAAAUAGAAACUCCAUAAUCCUAGUCGAUAAAUCCUACCAUGUUACGGAGUUUCCCAAUUGAUCGAUUCCAAAAAUAGUUUGCGGAUAGUAAUUAUAGUUACCGUUUACGACAGAGUUAUGCUUUGUCUCUUUUUUAUAUUCGAUUUUAUUUAAAUAUCCUAGUUGAAAAUAUUUAUUUUAGAUAAGAGAAACCUAUUUAUUUAAUUUAUUACAAUAGAACCAAAACUGAUCAUCAUAUUUUUGCCUCAUUCAAUGUUUUUUGGGAGACGUUUUAAAUAUAGGUGCAAAUAUUUAUACGACAAAUUGAAUGAGACCUAAAUAUAUUUGAUCAGCUUUUGUUUGUACGAAUGUUUAUAAUAAAACAAUAAUUUAA